GUGUCUGAAGAGGGCCCUGCAGGCCAGGCUGGGGUCAAGGUGGGAGACAAACUCCUAGAGGUAAAAGUGUGUGCAUACGCGUGUGUGAUAAGCGUAUGGGUGCCCAUUCUUAUGGCUGUUUGCAACCAUGGUGCAUUCAUGGUCAAGGUCCAUGAACAUGCCUUUUGACUGUAGAGAGAACCAUGAACCAUGAUCUCCGCUCCCUCCGUCUCUCUCAGGUGAACGGUGUGGCUCUCCAGGGGGCGGAGCACCACACGGCGGUAGAGGCCCUGCGCAGCUCAGGCGCUACCGUCUCCAUGAGCAUCCUCCGGGAGCACAUGGUGGAGCCGGAGAACGCAAUCACCACCACACCGCUGAGGCCCGAGGACGACUACUUCCCCCGGGAGAGACGGGCAAGCGGCCUUCCCUUUAGCAUUGAGGCAGGCUCCCCCGCAGGCCCCCGACACAGGCUGUCUACCUGCCUGGUCCGCAACGACAAGGGUCUGGGCUUCAGCAUUGCCGGGGGCAAAGGCUCCACAGCCUACCGCACAGGGGACAUGGUGAGAUUCACACACACAUCCCUAGUGUGUACAGUAGACACUGAGAUUCACACACGCAUCCCUAGUGUGUGUAUAGUAGACACAGGGAGACAUACUGAGUUUCCAUAACUAGGUCAUGUGGUGGAGGAAUAUUGGGCGUUGUUCAGCACUGAUGAAUAUUUCAUCCUCCUGGUCUUAGCGGUGAAACACCUUUUGUAUGCAUGUCGUGUCAGGUUGUCCCACUUCUCAAGUCAACGACACGAGACCUCUAACUGCACUAGCUACAGCAUUAGAGGGUGAGUUUAAGAGUCAGGAUUCAUGGAUUUCCUACGUAUUUCUGUAUUAUGCCGAGUCAUAGUCGUCCCGUCGUCCCGUCCCCCACCCCUCUAAGGUUUCCUCAUUCUGACAACCCCUUUUCCGGUUCCAAUGUUUACAGCCAUCACCAAGGAGAUAUGAAUUGCGAGCCUUGACACCUGAUAGGUCCUGUGAAACUGGGAUGGGAGGGGCCAGGGGGUAUUUUUGGGCCACUGCAUUGGCUACAUGUCCUGUACAAAUACCGCUCUCAAAAACACACACACACAGCUCGGGGAGUCCGCUGAGAGAAACCGAGAUGCACACUUAUCGCUAGAGUCUUCUUGUGCCUUUUUCUAGAAUGGAUGGUAUCUCUGUUGAGAUGGGCUAGGAGUAGGCCUGCACUUUGUCUGCACUUGUGCAUGAUAGUUUGGAAUUUAGGAGUUGAACCAUAAAUACAACAGUGGAGACUGCUAAGGGGAAGACGGCUCAUAAUAAUGUCUGGAAUGGCAUCAAACACAUGGAAACCAUGCAUUUGAUGUAUCUGAUACCAUUCCACUUAUUCCACUCCAGCCAUUACCAGCCUCCCUAAUUAACAUUUUACAUUUACAUUUUAGUCAUUUAGCAGACGCUCUUAUCCAGAGCGACUUACAGUUAGUGAGUGCAUACAUUAUUUUUUAAUUUUUCAUACUGGCCCCCCGUGAGAAUCGAACCAACAACCCUGGCGUUGCAAACGCCAUGCUCUACCAACUGAGCUACAUCCCUGCCGGCCAUUCCCUCCCCUACCCUGGACGACGCUGGGCCAAUUGUGCGCCGCCCCAUGGGAUUCGAACCUGGAUCUCUAGUGGCACAGCUAGCACUGCAAUGCAGUGCCUUAGACCACUGCGCCACUCGGGAGAGGUGCCACAACCUCCUGUGAAGUCCAAUGAGUUGUUUGGGCAUCCUUGUAGCUUGUGACUCCUCUUUAGGUAAAGAGACUGGAGGGCUCAGGGACUUAGUGUGAGACUGUGGUGAUUCUGUGGUCCUAAUCUAUAGCAUCAGCGUUUUCUGAACCUUAUUUGACUACAUUAGGAUAUAAUUAUUACCAUUGACCAAAUAUCCUUAGUUUAUUUGGUAGUGCAGUGUAUUAAAAGGCAUUACGUCCCAUGCCAGCUCAUUUAGUUAAGUUAUUCUUGUGCUGAGAUCCUGCCACAGAAAUACUUCUUAACAAGCCCAAGCAAACAAUUGAGGGCAGCGUUAGACCAUGGACUGAAAUAAGAAUGCUAGACUAUAUUUAGUCCAGGCUGUGUGAGGUCAUCAUUAAUGGACAUCCCCUGCUCCCCUGACUGGCAGUGAUUUAACUAGCAGGAGGCAUUGCAGCCCUGUUGCACCAGACUAAAGCCGUCCGCAUGCUUCCCAGACUAAACAGUUCGGUAGAGUUUGUGCAUAUAUUAUGACAUUUUGUGAUGUUCUUUUGUUCGUUUUGGAUUUCAGCAAGGGUUUUUUCGGUUGUUCGGGCAUAGAAAAAAAUAAUAUUGGGGAAAGCCGAAGUCGAUAGCCGAAGUCUACGCCCCUUCGUCGGCGAUUGGUCAACAGUAGGGAUUCUUCAAUAAAGUAUUUGUUGUCAUUCAACGAGAGACGACUCGUUUUCAUGCAAACAUUUUCGUAUUAAAAAUACUGCACCAAACAUCUUAGUUAGAAAAUUAAUGACAGAUUUCUUGAGGUAUGGCGUCUCAAAAUAGACAAACAGAACUAUUGCUGCUUUUUUCUCGUUUUUCAGGCGAAGGUCUUUAAAAGGAGUAUGCGAGCACACUCGUUCAGUUCGCCUAGCUGUGUUCGGCUAGGAGCCAGCCGAACUGAAGCAUGCUGACGUUUUAACCCACCACCCACUACCCCCUGGGUAACUGCGUUCACAGCUAGCAGACAUGUCACUGUAUAUCAGUGGGAACCAACCUUUUGAGUCAAGAUCACUUUCACAGCCAAAAAUCAAGCCAAGCUCUACCGCUCAGAAUGACAUACCCAAAUCGAACUGCCUGUAGUUCAGGACCUGAAGCAAGGAUAUGCAUAUUCUUGGUACUAUUUGAAAGGAAACACUUUGAAGUUUGUGGAAAUGUGAAAUUAAUGUAGGAGAACAUAACACAAUAGAUCUGGUAAAAGAUAAAACAAACAAAAAGACAUAAGUUUUCUAUUUUUAUUUUUGUUGCAUCAUCUUUGACAUGAAAAAGCCAUACAUUCAGAUAGGAAGCUGGAGGUAAUUUAGAUGUGGUCUACAAGAGGGCAACAGUGUAUGUGCAAAGUUUGACUUAUACCUUCAAGAAUGAGGGGGCUACAUAACAUUUAGUAUGAAGUCAACCAGGUGUCCCUCACCAGUUUGCCCAAACGUACCCAAAUGGCCUCCAAGUGGCUGAAUUGGUAAAUUGAUACAUUUUCAUUUUCAAGCACAUAACUAUAGAGAACAUACAAAAUGCUAUGGUAAUAAAAAAUACAAGUUUACACACUCCCAUGAAUGUAAUAUAUGAUGGAUCAUUAGCCCCCCUACAUAAGACACUAACAUUCACACAUCUAGAUGGCCGGGCGGGGUGGGUGUGCUGCCAUAGACAGCAGCAGGGGGUCUGACUGAAUGAACCAGUUUCUACUAGAGGACUUGAAUGUGGUCUCUUUGGUGUUGGCACCCAGAGGUCAUCUGAGUCAGAGUCUCUAGCACUAUAGAAGAUUUUUAAAAAUUCAGUAAGAACUCAAGUUUACUAUUAUUUUAUUGAACCUUUAUUUUAGCAGGGGGUGAGCCUGCAUCAAUUAUAUUAGCAGGGGGGUGAGCCCUAGCCAAUGUGUAUUUUAUGUUGACUGUGGUUUUCGAGUGCCCUAUUUACUAUUGGUAAACAUAUUUCAUUAUAGUGAUUUUAUAUAUAUAUAUAUAUAUAUAUAUAUAUAUAUAUAUAUAUAUAUAUAUAUAUAUAUAUAUAUAUAUAUAUAUAUAGCAAUCAAAUAAAAAUCUCAAAUGAAUAAUAUGCAACCAUUUAAACAACUGCAUGAGAAGAAAGUAUUUUACUUAGCAGUCUAAAGUUACGUCUUUCCCAUCCAAAAGAAAUCAGCGUGAGUCUACAGUGUAAUCACUAACUGAGUCCUCAUCAAUUUCUAUGUUUCUUUCCCUGCAAUAAUAUCAUCCAAAUCUGUAUACUUGGUCUUCGAUUGAGCUUUCCCUGUUUUAUUAGCCAUGUUCUACUUUUCUAAAAUAGCAAUAAACUUGGUAGAACUGAGCGUGCGUGCAUAAUACGAGUCCUCUUUGUUCUGUCGAUUUUAUCUGCCCGAUGUAUGUUGUUGCGCGCGAGCUCAGCACAAUGGCUUUUACUCAGAGAAAGGACCAUCACAUACUCCUGUAAAGCCCAGCUCAUUGGCUAUCUAGUUAGCUAUGUUUCAAAACGACAGGUGGUCAUUGGACUAAGAUACAGUCAAUCAAGUGAACACCGCCCAUCUCAUUAGUGCAUAAUCAUGUCAAUCCUUGGUGGGCUAAUAUACCUUUUGUUUAGCCAAUGUGUCAUGCAGAAUCAUGAAACGAGUUCGGUCGCCUUAUAGAGUAUCUGAGGACUGCAGAAAAACCGAACUUGACUGGGUGAAACAAGGUGUAGCGUUUAUAUUACGUUUAAAUGUUUAAAAAUGAAAUGCCAAGAGUGUGUGCAAAGCUGUCAUCAAGGCAAAUGGUGGCUAUUUGAAGAAUCUCAAAUAUAAAAUAUAUUUUUAUUUGUUAAACACUAUUUUGGUUACUACAUGAUUCCAUAUGUGUUAUUUCAUAGUUUUGAUGUCUUCACUAUUAUUCUACAAUGUAAAAAAUAGUACAAAAUAAAGAAAAACCCUUGAAUGAGUAGGUGUGUCCAAACUUUUGACUGGUAGUGUAUUUCCACUUUGACAUUAUGGGGUAUUGUGUUUGGCCAGUGACAAAAAAAUCUCAAUUGAAUCCGUUUUAAAUUCAGAUUGUAACACAACAAAAUGUGUAAAGAGUCAAGGGGUGUGAAUCAUUUCUGAAGGCUUGAAUCUCAAUUUCAUGCACUCAUAUUAGACAUUCAUUAGAACCAAGAUGAUGUGCACGGUCAUUGGCAUGCAUCCCAAAUGCCACCCUAUUCCCUACAUAGUGCACUACUUUUUACCAGAGCUGUACUAUAUAGGGAAUAGGCUGCCAUUUAGGACACAGACAUGAUGACAUUAUGAACCGUCUUCUGACUCCUGUGCCACGUGUCUGUCUGUCUCUGCAGGGGAUCUACAUCUCGCGGAUCGCAGAGGGAGGGGCGGCCCACAGAGACCGCACGCUCCGAAUAGGGGACAGGGUCAUCACCGUGAGUACCCCUCCACUCCUGUUUUAGCCCCAUGGAAACAUCCCAAAUGGCACCCUAUCCCUUUUGACCAGUGCACUUUAUAGGGAAUAGGUUGCUAAUUGGUACACCGCCCAUGUUCUUCUCUCGCUCUGUGAACUUCAUGCCAAACACACCAACCAAGCACACACACGUUAGAUAGUGUGGUGAGUGAUCUCAUCCUCAGACUCACAAUAUGGUCGCCACCCGUUGACUACUCCCAAAUCAAACACAAUUACAUUCACCGGACAGUUUAUUAGGUACACCCAUCUAGUACCGGGUCGGACCCCCCUUUACCUCCAGAACAGUUUCUGCAGAUUAAACGGGCUGCGAACAGCCUGUUCCAUCUCAUCCCAAAGAUGCUCUAUUGGGUUGAGAUCUGGGGACUGCACAGGCCACUCAAGUAAACUGAACUCGCUGUCAUGUUCCAGGCAGUGUUUUCCACUCCUCUUUUGUCUAGUGUUGGUGAUGGCGUGCCCACUAGAGCCGCUUCUUCUUGUUUGUAGCUGAUAGGAGUGGAACCUGGUGUGGUCGUCUGCUGCAAUAGCCCAUCCGUGGCUACAGAUUGACAGGUUGUGCGUUCCAAGAUGCCGUUCUGCACACCACUGUUGUACUGCGCCGUUAUUUGUCUGUUUGUGGCCCGCCUGUUAGCUUGCACAAUUUUUGCCAUUCUCCUUCGACCUCUCAUCAACGAGCUGUUUCCGCCCACAGGACUGCCGCUGACUAGAUUUUUUUUGUUUGUCACACCAUUCUCUGUAAACCCUAGACCAGGGUUCCCCAACUGCCGAAUCUGGCCCACGGGUGCUUUGAUUUGGCCACAAAGUUCUCUGAGCAAAGAAAUGUAUUAUAAAAUAAAUGUUUUAUUUUAUUUUCAUUGUUGGACAUAAGACUGUAGAAACACCAGGAAAUCAGCUCCAAGUUAUUUUUUAUUUUGGAAAUCUGUUCCCAAGGAUUCCCAAGCAUUAUAGAGAGUUCGUAUACAAAUGUAAGCAAGGUUUGAAAUGAUUAUGUUUUAGCCAAAUAUUAUAUCUGUCUGGGCUUCUUGCGGUCAAUUUGCAGUCUACAAAUUAUUUGUAAUUAUGUUCCGGCCCCCCGACCAUCCGCUCAAGAAAAAAUCGGCCCAUGGCUGAAUCUAGUUGAUGGUCCCUGCACUAGACACUGUUGUGCAUGUCUGAGAUACUGGAUAUGGUGCGCCAGUCACCGACGAUCAUACCACGCUGAAAGUCACUUAGGUCACUCAUUUUGUCCAUUCUAACGUUCAAUCAAACAGGAUGCCUGUCUGCCUGCUUUAUAUAGCAAGCCACGGCCACGUAACUCUGUCUGUAGGAGCGAUCCGUUUUCGUGAAAGGGGGGGGGUGUGUACCUAAUAAACUGUGUAUAUGACAACCAUAUAUGAAAACUAACUUGCACUAACACUCAUCCCACUUGAGAGAAUGGGCCUCUGCUUGUCCUGUGCUGCUGCUGCCAGCCCAUCUAGUGUGCGUCUCAAAUAGCACCCUUUUCCCUAUGUAGUGCCCUAUGAGCUCUGGUCCUGGUCAAAAGUAGUGCACUAUGGCCUCUCGAGUGGCACAGCGGUCUAAGGUACUGCAUCGCAGUGCUAGAGGUGUCACUACAGACCCGGGUUCGAUCCCGAGCUGUAUCACAACUGGCCGUGAUCGGGAGUCCCAUAGGGCGGCACACAAUUGGCCCAGCGUCGUCCGGGUUAGCUCAUCGUGCUCUAGCGUCUCCUUGUGGCGGGGCGGGCGCCUGUAGGCUGACCUCAGUCGUCAGGUGAACAGUGUUUCCUCCGACCCAUUGGUGCGGCUGGCUUCCAGGUUAAGCGGGCGGGUGUUAAGCGCGGUUUGGCGGGUCAUGUUUCAGAGGACACAUGACUCGACCUUCGCCUCUCGAGCCCGUUGGGGAGUUGCAGCGAUGAGACAAGAUUGGGGAGAAAAAGUGGGUAAAAUAAAUAAAUAAGGAGUGCGCUAUGCAGGGAAAAGGGUGCCCUUUGGGACGCAGCCCUAGACUAACAUGACUGACUGCUGGAGUCAAGGUUCCUGCACGGUUCUUCAUUGUGCCUCUCUUUACUGUGGUUAUCAUAGUGUUUUUAUAGACCUUACCUGCUGACAAAGUGCUGAUUCAGAGUUGCACCCCAUGCUCAUAUCCUUGACCAUGGCUGCAAAGGUAGGGCCUUGAUAUGAUUGCUCAAUAGGCUUUUUAUUUUUAUUUAUUUUUACCAAUCCAGUGAUUAAUUCUAUCUUGAGACAUUCGUUAACCCCUUAGUUACAUUUGUGUGCAGUGUGAAAUAGUGUCCUCUUGUGUGUCUACAACUACUCCUGUCUUGUUCUCUCAUUCUCUGUUCUGAGUCAUAACCGUUUCUCUCUCUCUUGCAUCUUCCCCGUCCUCCUAGGUGAGGGAAAUCAUAGAAUGUCUUCCUGAAUGAUUCUGUUCCAACUUGGUCUCUCAGCUUCUCUCUUGCGCUUUCAUUCUCUCUCCUCUCCCUCGCUCUCUCAUUCUCUCUCCUCUCCCUCGCUCUCUCAUUCUCUCUCCUCUCCCUCGCUCUCUCAUUCUCUCUCCUAUCCCUCGCUCUCUCAUUCUCUCUCUCUCUCUCUCUCUGUGAACCUGCUCUCUCCCUCUCUCUGCAUGGCAACUAAUGCUCAAUGCGUCUCCUUGCCUGCUCGGUGGUGGUGGGUGUGGUGUUGGAGGGUAGGGGUGGGCGGAGCCUCUGUGGUAACCGCAUGUAUUACCAUAGCCGCAGUAAGCUUAUCAGCCAAUGGUAAGAGCCGGUACUGUAUGGUCAGUGCUGGCUUCUGUUUGUCUCUCGGACCAGAGGACCAAUCACAUAGCCCGUUUUUUGUCCCUCACUCCUCAGAGGAAUCAGGACCUCGUUCUACAUUUUAGGAACGUUUACAGACUGCAGUCCAUCCUCAAAUGCCCUCUGUAAAGUAAUAGAAUAGUUUACAAUUUGUAAAGGACAGGAGCUAGGUAUAGGAGCAGCGCUUAGGCUGAAAGUAUUGACAACUCUGUUUGCUGGCUCAAGAUCAGCCCCUUCUUUGGCAGUCAUCAUAUGUCGUUGCGCUCUGUAUUUUCAGUGCACAAUCGCAAACGGAUAGCAUAAACAUAAGUCAGAUUGGCCAACGUCCUAAAUACAGUUUAUUGCAUUGACAGGACUUUUAGGACUACUUUGAAGACUUUGAGAUUGUAACAUCGGAGAAAGGCUUAACCUACAGAAGUUCCCAGAAGAAGCUUCUUGCUAGCUUGCCCUCCAAUCCUCCCUCUCAUCUCCUCCUGCCUCCCUUCCUCUGUAUGGGUAUUGGCUCCUGGUGUCUUCAGAUAUCUCUUUCUUUAUCUCUCUCUCACUCUCUCACUGGCCUACUUUGUUGCUGUACAUCUCAAUGUACUAAACUGUCUCAAUCAAUGCUCAAUAAUUUUAUUAUAGUAAUAAUAUACAGCUUUAUGGCAACAUGUGAUGUGCGUCUACACAAUAAUGAUAUGAGUCUUAACCAGGGGUUUGAACCGAAAUUAUUUUCCAAUCGUUUUGUUCUGAACAGAACCAUUAUCUAUUUAAUUUCGUUGCACUGUUCCGACCAGCAAAAUAAAGUUAUGAACCGGUUCGAACUAAGAUGUAUGGUUAAAUCGUCCCUUUCUGUUCGUUUUUAAGCUUAAUUACUUCAUCAAUGGAUAGAGCAGCUUGCUAUGGAGCGGGAAAGCUAUGUACAUGCAUUGGACAGACAAGUGUAGUGUAGGGUGCGACUUGCAACAGACAUUUUGAGGAUGAGGAGAGCGCUGGGCAUGAAGCGCUGGGCAUCUUGUUGUUAUGACAUGCAUUAUCUGAAUUAGGCCCACAGAAUUAUAUCUACGGGGGAGCGGCUUCUAUGAAGGAAUUUUGAAUGUCUUUGAACUUCAGAGAGUUGGCUUAAUGUUGGACCAGAGCGAGCCCUUGAUCAUGACUCUCAUUACAUUACACAUAAUACUGCCUAGAGUUUUCGAAAGCUAGACCAGAGCUAGCUAACAAGCUAGCUGGCUAACAAGCUUGUGUGUGCAGAGCGACUCCAAAAUGAAAAUGAAAACACGUCUUGUGAAACUUGAUAACUAUAGUAUCCUUAACUAGCAUAGAAAAUGUUAAUCCAUUGUUCUCUAAUUAAAAAGCUCUCCCUGAUUUAUGAAUCACGCCUGUAACAUCAGUAGCUACAGUAGACUAUGCAUGCUUCAGAGGGACGGGGAGUGGCAGGUAGCCUACACACGGGCGAAGAUUUUCAGCUGGCAGGCAGGCAGACAUUGAAAUACGUUUCUGAGUGACAGUGAGGUUUUUUUAGACUGGGAAAUAUGCCUGGAAAGUCAAAUAAAGUUAUUAACCGGUUCCCGUGCUUUUAAAAAAGCAGUUCUGUUCCGGACCAGUAUACAUCACUUUCAUUCUUGGUUCUGGUUCUGUUCCUCAAAAAAUGUCAGUAUUUUCCGGUUUUCGUUUCUGUUCCCUGGACCGGUUCCAACCCACGAACACAUAGCUGUCUGCCCUCACUGAACCUCUAGUCCUGAGUGUCGCACACUGUGGUUAGUCAGUUAGCCUACUGACGCCCGCCCUCAUUGGUUGUGCCUUUCGAUCCAGAUCAAUGGUGUAGACAUGACAGAGGCCAGGCAUGACCAGGCAGUAGCGCUGCUUACCGGCACCUCUCCCACCAUCGCUCUCCUGGUGGAGCGUGACCAGGCCGAGCCGGGCACCGCAGGGGGCUCCCCGGGCCUGUCCCGCGCCCGCGCCCACUCCCCCCCACCUCCAGAGCCCUCUGACUCGCCCGACCAGGAAGAGGGCAAUGACGACUCGAGCCUCUUGCCCCACGGGAACCACCUCAGCCAGCCGCUGGAGGACGAAUACCCCAUCGAGGUGAGACGAAGGAGGGAAGGAAGUGGGUGGAAAAAUGCUUUAGUACUAUGUGAUGGGGAUAGUGGUAAGUUACCAUGAUGGAGCAUUCAAGCUUCAGAUUUCCUUUAGUUUUAAUGCCUUUACAUUUGGCCUUAAUCUCAAAUGCUCUACAGCUCAAGAAAAUAUGGUGCACGGUACGAAUGCUUAGUCCUAACCUAGGUUUAUUAUGCUAGGAUGGUGUAAUGGGGCCCAGUGAAAUGCAGCAUUCACUGAGUGAAUAAUGCCAAGCCCUAGAGUCUGUUCCAUUGGCUAAGAGCUUAGGCCUAUGUCUAGUCUCAUACCUGUCUACAAGUAGAUAUAGUAGAUCCAUGGAUAGUUUGUGUUCCUUGUCUAAUAGAAGAGUUAAAGAUGUAUUUGGUAUUUGUCUGUUGGGACACUGAUGUUUUCCUGAAUUCCUCUCAUGUCUCCUGAUACUGUAUUUGUAGAGCCCCUAUCCUAGAACCAUGUCCCUCAAUUAAAACUUUGCAGACAACCCUGUUUACGUUAGUCGCUUCACUUCCUCUCCUGACAGGAAGUGGCGUUGGUGAAAGCGGGCGGCCCCCUGGGACUGAGCAUCGUGGGAGGCAGUGAUCACGCCAGUCACCCGUUCGGCAUCAACGAGCCUGGUGUCUUCAUCUCUAAGGUUUCUCUCUUGCGCUCUCUCUCUCUCAAUUCAAAAUGCUUUCUCUCUCUGUCGCUCUCUUUCUCUCUCUGUCGCGCUCUCUUUCUCUCUCUGUCUCGCUCUCUCCCUCUCAUUUUCCCGGGUUUGUGUAUCUCACCCACCAUGCCUGCCUGUGCUAGGUGAUCCCCCAUGGCUUGGCAUGUCAGAGUGGGCUGCGGGUGGGGGACAGGAUACUGGAGGUGAACACCAUCGACCUGCGCCACGCCACCCACCAGGAGGCUGUUAGAGCCCUGCUCUCCAACAAGCAGGAGAUCCGCAUGCUGGUGCGCAGGGACCCCUCACCGCCUGGGAUGGAGGUGAUGUCUCUUAAACCCACAUGUACAGUUGACACGCAUACACACACACACAGCUUCUGUCCCUACACACACACACACACACCAACCAGUCCCAUCUCCUGAUCUAUGUGUCCCAAUACAGGAUAUAGUUAUCCAGAAGCAGCCUGGAGAAAAGCUGGGCAUCAGCAUCCGCGGCGGUGCCAAGGGCCACGCUGGCAACCCCUUCGACGCCACCGAUGAGGGCAUCUUCAUAUCCAAGGUACCUGGACCCACCUUGUCCUUCUAGCCCCAGACUCUGUCUCUGCCACUCCCACCUCACCCUUCAACGGGUUCUCCUUGGAAUACGGUCAAUGAUUGACCUCCUUUGAUAUAUUGACUCCUGUUAACCCCCCCAUCCCUGCAUCACCCCCUGUAGGUAAGCUCCAGCGGUGCGGCUGCCAGGGAUGGCCGUCUGCUAGUGGGCAUGCGGAUCUUGGAGGUGAGCAACCACAGCCUGCUGGGCAUGACCCACACGGAGGCUGUACGGGUGCUCCGCGCCGUGGGAGACACCCUGGUCAUUCUGGUGUGUGACGGCUUCGACCCUGGCAACGCUGCCGCUAUAGAGGUGAGGGGAAACUGAUUAACAUCCAUUCCGAGUUGAAAUUACCCUUAGAUACAUAGUCAGAUCCAAAACGGAUGCCAUGUUAAUUAUGCGUCAUUGUUUCAUCUCAGGCGUCGCCGGGCAUCAUUGCCAACCCGUUUGCAGCGGGCAUCGUGCGUAAGAACAGCAUGGAGAGCAUCUCCUCUAUAGACCGAGACCUGAGUCCUGAGGAGAUGGACAUCCUACAGAAGGUGAGAAUAAUAUGACGCAGAAAGCCAGUGUGAGGGUCUGCCCUCAGGCUACAAUGGAUGGUGGCCGGUGUGUGGGAGAACAACAUUUCUGUAGAAUUACAUUGGUACUCGCACUCAACCCAAGGAGGCCAAGAUGCUAAUUUCAUUUAAUCCAUGCUCGAAAGAAUAACAAAAUCUGCUAGUGCAAAAGUGAGAAAAGGGACAAACAACAAAAAAGAAGCAUACGUUUCAACUACACACUCACACACACACACACACAUACUAAACACAGGGGAAAACAUAGUGGAUGACUUUUAAUAUGAAACAUUUUGAUGUAAAAUCUAUUUUCUAGGAGGUGGUGCGAGAGACGUCCCAGUGGGAGAGCGAAGAGAUGGAGGAGGUGGUGAGUGAGACUAUGUAGCCAAGUCCUACCUCGCAUGCUUUUUCUGCUACUGUGGCAAAUCAACAGAGCCCUUUUCUAAUGUGUGUGGGUUCUAUCCUCUCUCUCCCUUUCUAUCUCUUUUCUUUUACCUUUUCUCUGCCCCCCCCCCCCCCCCCCCCCCCCCCCACCUCCCUCCCUUCCCUCAUAAUGUGUCUGGGUCAUCCAUACACCACUCCAUCUCCACUCACCCCACCUCCACUGAAUUCCUCCAUCUUGUUUGUCUUUUUGCCCAUUUCACUUUACAUUUCACCUACACUCAUUUUAUCCCCUAUUCUCCAUUAUUAUUUGUGUGGCUGGGUGUCCUCCCUUCUUUCCUCCCCUCCUCCACCCCCGUCUCUCUGUGAAGGAGCGCAUGCGCUUGGAGCGUGAGGAGGAUACUCGCCUGCUAGAAGAGGAGACCGAGGUGAGACUGAUCCCUCCCAGCUCAACCAACCGCCUCCCUAUCAGAGAAGCGGACAUCUCCAGUCCAGAGGAUUUUACUAUAACAUCUGAAAUGUUCUGCAACCUGUUGUGCUUCAAUGCAUAUUUAUGUAAUGAUCAAGUGGCCUCCUAACAGAGUGAGACAUGAGAGUAGUAUGAGAGGGAAGUAGUUUUCUCCAGUAUGUCUGACACUCGACCCUCUUCCUCUUUCCCUCAGAACCUGGGCACUGGGCCUCUGAAACUGGACUACCGGACACUGGCCGCACUGCCCACCACCGCUCUGCAGAAGGUCAACAGAGUAAGUUAGAAAUAAAGGAAUGAUUUUACUUGAAAGGUAACACAACCCCCAUUGAUGAUUAUGGUGAAAUGAUGUGAGGUAACUCUUAUACUAGACCUCUUAUAAGACCUGUGAACCCUGACUAAGGCUGUGAAAUGCCUGGAAUUGUCUGCUGACUAUCUUGGAAAUUGUCCCUUUGGGCCCAGAAUAGACCUCUCUGUGGAAUCCGCCCUGUUUAUCUCCCGGGAAGCCCUCUGUGACCGGAGGCCAAGCAGGUGCCUCUUGAGGCCAGGGGGAGAAUGUGACCCCCCCCCCCCCCCCCCCCCCCAUGUUCACAACCCUGACUCCUGCCUUCCUCACCAACGCCUUGGGCCUCCUCCUGUCUAGCCAAGGCCAGACCCAAAGAAUAGAUUGCCUCUACAAUGGAAUGGAACCAUUCCGUUCACUUCUGUGAUAUGAUGAGAUGCCACAUUCCAAAACAAGAUCCAUUUGUAUCAUCAAUGGAGAUGAUGACUGUUGCACGCCAUGUUAAUGGAUCGUCUACCUUGGCUUGAAGACGUCGCUUAAACAAGAAGAAAUCUAGAGACGAAUCGAAGGGUGAGUACACAAAUAAAAACUAGAGGCUGCACAGGAGGACCCUUUCACAUCAUUAGCUGGAAUGCUGGAUGGAGGGAAAUGGACCGAUAAAGAAGAGAAAUGAUGCCGCCAAAAUGGUUGGUAGCUGUUACAGCUGCCCCCAUCACCACCCGGCCUCUGCUCAGGGGGUUAUUUUACACUCAGGAUAGGAAGGGAGUGGGAGGGGUGCAGACGAGAGGGAGGGGAGAGUGUCCCAAUGUGUGGGCUCUCAGUCAGUCAGUCAGUCAGUCAGUCAGCCAGUGCCCCUGGAAGAGUUUGAUUUGAGUAGAGCUACUGCACCCCUGGUCCCAACAGCCUACAGUGAGUAUAGGGACAACUGGGCUGGGCUCUUCUGUGUCUUACUCUCUGUCAUCUUAUCUAUGUAUUCAAAUACAUGGAAACACUUUCUACCGUCAUUGUGUCCAUUCUGUAUUGUAGCUACAUGUGUGAACGGCAGCCAUUUUUGCUAAAGAUGUAAAUGACUAAGGAUUUAUGAGCUGACACAAGGGGCUGACUUGGGCCGCUCUCAUACCUGUCACCAUUUUAGGGUCUUGCGUAGAUAAAUGUAUAGGCGAGGCUACAAAUUGUGUCAAUAUUGCCUGUUUUUUCCCUAGCUUAGUUUGUAGUAGGGAUCUUUAUUGUAUUUUGAGGUGUUAGUGUUCUGUUAGCUAUUUAUUGAAUCUUAAUGCAACAGUGGUUAGUCUUAUAAGCUCUAGUACUAAGCCAUGGGGUUUUUCUGGGAGCGCUUAACCUAUAUAUCACCUGCAGCUGUUCUUGCAUUAUGGCUAUGCAUUAGAGUUGGAAGGAGGACCACUGGGUUCCAUGACAACUGUACCCAGGAAGAUUAUCAGUGGGUCUUGUCAUGACUCCCUUAGAUGUUUUCCUGUCGAAAGAGGGGUUGGAUCUUAAUCUUAAUCCCUGUCUAUAGGGUUUUUAAAAGUAUUGUAAUGUUUAUUUGAGAUAUUCUGACAGCUGAAGUUUAUUAAUGUUAUGGUAUGUAUCAUAGUAUCUAAGGUAUGUAGCUAGUCAUAUGAUGAAACAUGCUUCUUGGUAUGAGAAGUGAGGGGUAAGCAGGGGUGUGUCGUGAUGAACCACACUUGGCUCCAGCCUUUACCUAGGCCGGCUGGGUAAAGCUAGUCUCAACUUGUUGGUAUGUUGAUCGUCUUUCCCGCACCUCCCCUCCUCCCUCAGGCACCCAGCCCUAGCCCAGCUGUCCUCUGCCAAAAGGGUACUGGCUCACAUACCACCCCACCAGGGUUACCGUAAGCCAGUAAUUGACUGCUUUAAAAAUAAUAAUUGAAAAGCCGAGAAAUAAAAUUGACAGGGAGAAAAAAACAAUCCCAUUUCAAAAUAAUGCUUUUUAUUCAUUGAUGGAACUAUCAGUCGAUGGAAAUACAUUUGACAGUCAUGCUUAUCGACCUAUAGGUUAAUUAGCAACGUGUUUUGGAAUUAAAUUGGGCCAUGUGUAUUUUAGUUAUUUAUCGCACGCGCACAUCAUACAGAGCCUAUUUUGAGGGGAAUAUGACUUGUCAGACAGCGUUAGAGCUGCUGGAGAGAAACGUGCUGAUGCCCAGUCAUUGCGCAACAAUUGUAAAUGCUAUUGCGUGUUAAAAACAGAGCUACUAUAUACUUCUUCUCAACUGGUAAUUGAAGCACACCUCCCAUUCACCCUACAAGUUUAUAGGCAACGAUAGGCAGGCUAUCAGCGUGUCCCCCACCACUUUACAAUGUGGGCUGGAGGCAGUAUGCAUUUUGAAAACAUAUAUACUUCAUUGUUUAAAACCUGAACAUUUUACUUUAUAUUAUGAGGCAUGUCUUGCCUUGCUUCAAAGUAGCUUAGGCAAAAUCCGACCAUAGAAAUGUGGAUGCAAUUAUUUUAUAAAGACUUCCUCAUAUGCCAUUGAAACCAGCAUUUCCCUCCUGUACUAUUGGUUUUCAUAUCGACUUUCUUUUGUUGUCCAGAAGCCAAAGGCACAAUCCUAGUCAUAUUAGCAAGCCAUCCUCGUUGUUGCAUCUUUAGAUUCCCCUGCUUUCUAAGUUUCUAACAGAGAUUUUCAUCUCUGUCACAUAUGAAAACCGCUCGCAUCAGGUGCACUGUUUUAGAAUGGUGUUUUCCCGCUAAUUGCUUUUUGGCAAGUGUUUGUUUGAAAAUGAAGUUUUAUUGGCUGCUUCAUUACAGGAGUUGCAUGUUCUGUUAAGAUGAAUGACCAUCAUCUAAAUGUGAUUUCUGUCAUUCUGAGCACCUAGGGUGGACGCCCUAAUGAGUUACGCACCCAAUGCAUAUGGGUCUGGUAGAUUUCUCAAAUGGCCGGUAAAUUAAAAUCUUCCCGGUCAUGUUGUCAGGCGAUACAUUUUCCUAAUGGAAACCCUGCGCCCCCACUGACCUCUGUAUAUUAUAGGCCGCAUUUACCCCUUUUCUCCCCAAUUUCGUGAUAUCCAAUUGUCCCAUCGCUCCAAUUCCCGUAAUGACUCGGGAGAGGCGAAGGUCGAGAGCCAUGCGUCCUCCGAAACACGACCCUGCCAAGCCGCACUGCUUCUUGACACACUGUUCGCUUAACCCGGAAGCCAGCCGCACCAAUGUGUCGGAGGAAACGCUGUACAACUGGCGACCGUGUCAGUGUGCAUGCGCCCGGCCCGCCACAGGAGUCGCUAGAGCGCGAUGGGACAUCCCGGCCGGCCAAACCCUCCCCUAACCUGGACGACGCUGGUCCAAUUGUGCGCCUCCUCAUGGGUCUCCCGGUCGCGGCCGGCUGCGACACAGCCCAGGAUUGAACCCAGAUCUGUAGUGAUGCCUCAAGCACUGUGAUGCAGUGCCUUAGAAAGCUGCGCCACUCGGGAAGCGACUGCAUGUAUUCUUAGUGACACUAUUUGGAUUGUCAUGACAUGUCAAGGCCAUGUCUUGGAAUGCACGGGCAGUGUAGAACAAUGUAGUUCUGAAGACACUAACCCUCAUCCCACUUUAAGCCCUGGCAUUUUUGGCACAUUUGAGUUGAAAUCCAUCCUGGUCCCAGUGGAACGCUCUCUGUGACUCCAUCUUCUGCUGUGUCACUUGGUUGAAGAAUAUUUGUUUUACUGCAUCAUGAAGUUAGUUUCUGAUCUGGCCAGCCAGAGUGUGAAGUGGGUCUGUGUCUAUUUUAGCUCUUCUCCACACAGCUCCCUAGUUCUCUCUCAUGUAUUUAUCUGUCUCCAUCUUCUUGUCCUCCAGUAUGUCCCUCAUUUCUUAACGUGUAGCGAUCUGUCUCCAUCUCUUUAUGUUUUUUUGUUCCUCAGUUCAGAUUUGAGAUUUCCUAUGCCUUUCUCUCUCUCUCAUCAUUUCAGUCCCCUUUAUCUUUCUCUCUCACUCUCUUUUUCUCUCUCGCUCCUUCUCAGUUAUCUCCUUCUGUCAGUGCAACUGUCCCCACGGAGGCCCCCAUGCAGGCCCAAUGUUCUUUCCCCUUAGAGCCCCUGGGUUUUGGCCUGGGGCAGCCCCCCACCUCCCUCUUCCAUGUGGACCCCCAUGCUCUGCCUCAGUCCUGCCCCACUAUGAACACAGAGGCAGAGCCCCUCUACAUGUCCCAGCACUCUCCCAGUCCCUCCAUAACCUCCUCCAAUCAAGAAGCAGCUAGACAAGAAGCCCUGCCUACCGGUGAAGAUGAGGAGGAGGUGGUUCUGGUGGACUCCCAGCCAAUCAACUUCACUGAGAACCCCUUCCUGGUGGCCAAUCGCAGGAGCAAGGGCCUCCCCCCCUCGGAGCGCAUCCUAUCAGGGCCUCACGUGGGCUACGGGAGCGCGGGCAAGCUGCAGCCCUGGUUAUUCAGCAAGGCAAGCGGCCGGCCUGCCUGCGUGUGUGGGUUUGAGCCAGCAUGGUGUGUGGCACUGUGGCCUGGUGUAGGAGUAGCAGUUCCUUUUUGUCUCUGCGCCAAUUUAAAAUGUUUUAUUAUUUAUUUAGAAAAUGUUUCAGCCAAGAGUUUAUAUGAUAGAAUUUAUAUUAUGUGUUUGAUUUUUUCAUUGUAACAACCAUUAGGGUUAUAACCUGAUCUGCCUUAUUUUCAUUGAGUUCCUCCCUGUAGCACAGGAUACACACUUGUGCGCUUGUAUGACAUAAUCAUUGCCAAUCACAAACACUGCCAGCCAGGAUGGCUUGAAUGACCAAAAUGUGUGAAGUCACCUGUUUUGACGGAUGUCUCCUUCACUAACCCUUUCAAAAUAUAUAACCAUGAGCAUGUGACUGCUGGAAUUGAGAUGGAGAAAUGUCUUGCUAUGAAUGAGUCCUGGGUAAAUCCAUUUGAAUUCAAUCACUUUUUGACAGCAUCCCUUUUGAUUUAAACAAAACUUUCUAUGGAAAAAGUGGUCAGAACGUGACUUUUUUGACAUGAAUGCCAAACAUUCAGAAAAUAAAGGUGCUCUAAGUUAACCCAUUUUGCAUACCCCACCAUACCAUGAGAAAUCCAUGUCUUCAUCACUGGAAAAGAUCAACGGUUGAGUUUGUUAUAAUUUCAAAGCUUACAAACAGUGUUGUCAAACUAUUUGAUUAUUUCUUGAAAAAUGUUACCUUUAACGUCAAUUAUCUACAAACGUGUAAACUCUGAUUUAUUUUUUGUAUUCCCAUAUGUUGUAGUUUAGACCCUAUUUUACAUAAUCUAAGGUUUUUGUGUUGUGCCCGCCAUAGGUUGAGACCAUGUUCUUGAAUACAUGGUGGAUGUCGUUUCAAUCAUAGAAAUGGAAUGAAUAGAUUGGACCUAUCCCUUCAGACAACUGCAAUUUAGCUGGUACACCAUUGAAAUGUUUAAUGCACUUCUAAUUACUACCGCAAAGAUGACUGCAGGUCCACCCACUGUCGAAUGUCAACUUAAAUGGUCAUGUCUUUUCUAUUUCAAUGAUUUCAACAGAUAUUCCCAUUCAAGUCAACAUUCUCUGACAUGUGGACCUCCAACCAUCUUUUUGGUACCAUUUGACAGUUGAAAUGUCAAAUGUAGUCCCAUUUAUCAACCAAAACAUGACACCCACCCUGUAUUCAAGAGCAUGUUGUGUCUCAACCGAUGGCGGGCACAUCACCAAAACCUUAGAUUAUGUAAAAUAAUGUGAAUAUGAAAAAAAAGUUUACACGUUUAGAUAAGUGACUUAAAAUAUUAAAGGAAAACAUUUUUUUCAAGAAAUGAUGAAAUAGUUGAACAACUCUGUAAGCUUUUAAAUGAUAUCAAUUGCAGUAGUUUAUCUUUUCCAGUGAUGAAGACAUGUCUCAUGGUAUGGUUGGGUAUGCAAAAUGGGUCAACUUUGAGCACCUUUAUCUCUUGAAUGUUUUGGCAUGCAGGUCCAAAAACAUUCUGAGCACUUCUACAAUGAGCAAAUAUGUAUGGAAGGUUUCGUUCAAAUCAAAAGGGAUGCUGUCAAAAAGUGAUUGAAUUCAAAUGGAUUUACCCCUUCUGGAGUGCACAGCGGAGCAGGGGCUCUGCAGUGUAACAUUCCCGCUAGGAGUCCUGGACUGGUAGGAAUGUCCACUCAACAGCUGUGAGGAGGAAUUCAAGCCUCAACCUUAAACAUUUCAAAUAUGAGUUUGAAAGGAACACGAACCAUGGCACAGUAGAUGCACAUGCUAAAAUCUACAUUUUGUUACAUUAGACUUAUUCUAAAAUGGAUUCAAUAAAUACAAAUCCUCAGCAAUCUACACACAAUACCCCAUAAUGACAAAGCGAGAACAUGCUUUUAGAAUUUUUUGCAAAUGUAUUAAAAAUAAAAAUACCCAAGAACACAGUGACCUCCAUCAUUCUUAAAUGGAAGAAGUUUGGAACCACCAAGGAUCUUCCUAGAGCUGGCCGGCCGGCCAAACUGAACAAUCGGGGGAGAAGGGCCUUGGUCAGGGAGGUGACCAAGAACCCGAUGGUCACUCUGACAGAGCUCUAGAGUUCCUCUGUGGAGAUGGGAGAACCUUCCAGAAGGACAACCAUCUCUGCGGCACUCCACAAAUCAGGCCUUUAUGGUAGAGUGGCCAGACGAAGCCACUCCUCAGUAAAAGGCACAUGACAGCCCGCAAGAUUUUCUGGUCUGAUGAAACCAAGAUUCAACUCUUUGACCUGAAUGCCAAGCGUCACAUCUGGAGGAAACCUGGCACCAUCCCUACGGUGAAGCAUGAUGGUGGCAGCAUCAUUUCAGCGGCAGGGACUGGGAGACUACUCAGGAUCGAGGCAACGUUUUUAACGGAGCGAAGUCAGAGAGAUCCUUAAUGAAAACCUGCUCCAGAGCGCUCAGGAAAUCAGACUAGGACGAAGGUUCACCUUCCAACAGGACAAUCACCCUAAGCACACAGCCAAGACAAUGCAGGAGUGACUUCGGGAAAGUCUCUGAAUGUCCUUGAGUGGCCCAGCCUGAGCCCGGACUUGAACCCGAUCAAACAUCUCUGGAGAGACCUGAAAAUAGCUGUGCAGCAACGCUCCCCAUCCAACCUGACAGAGCUUGAGAGGAUCUGCAGGGAAGAAUGGGAGAAACUCCCCAAAUACAGGUGUGACAAGCUUGUAGCGCCAUACCCAAGAAGACUCAAUGCUGUAAUCGCUGCCAAAGGUGCUUUAGCAAAGUACUGAGUAAUGGGUCUGAAUACUUACGUAGAUUCGAUAUUUCCAUUUUUUUAUUUGUAAUAAAUUAGCAAACAUUUCCAAAAGCUUUGUCAUUAUGGAGUAUUGUGUGAAGAUUGAUGAGGGGGAAAAAACUAUUUAAUCAAUUUUAGAAUAAGGCUGUAAAGUAACAAUGUGGAAAAAGUAAAGGGGUCUGAAUACUUUCCGAAGGCACUGUAUGUUGCCCAGAAGUAGCUUGUUAUUGACUGGGUUGUGUACACUGAUUUGAGAAGUGUAUAUGCUAAAUGACUUUUACAUGUCUACUGUUAUUUGCUGCACCAGUAGGAUAGCAGAAAUCUGGUAACUUUCCCAAAAGUCCCAUUGUUUUCCAGAAAUCCUGGUCUGAAGAUUUCCAGAAUAAGCAGGAAAUCCGGAAUUUUGCAACCUUACCAAUAAUAAUAAUCAGCUUACUCCACUGAGAGUAGAGUCGGUGGAAGUUGGGACAGCUGCUAAAUCUCUUUCCGUCUCUCUUUCUCUGUCUGUGUGUGUUCUCAGGCGCCCUCCACUGAGCCCCCCAGGACAGACAGUCCCAUUAGAGAUGCCCCGUACUCACCUAGCACACAACCGGUAUGUCCACCCCACCCCAACAACAACCCUCCUUUCACAUCCUCCUUUAAAGUCCUCUCAUUGACACCUCUGCUUUCACAGCACCUAUUUAUUUUCUCUUUUUACAUAAGCCUUCCCUCCCAUCCCUCCCUCUCUCCCUAGCCCAGUGCUCAUUCCUCCACCAGCUCCCUGUGUGCAGGCAGGGAGACCCGCUUCGUAAGUGGUCUGCUCUGGCCUGGCUUUGUCUGCUCAGCUGCAAUAGACUGCUAUCAGUAACGUCUGGUCCUUUGCCAUUGUCAGCUGUUUAUAAUGAGUUGUACUACAGUGGAGCUAUACUACAAGUGUGAAUCUUUUUAACACAUGCGACUGCCCAGCUUGCCAUGGACACUCAUUGCUGAUGCUUUCUCUACUUCAUGCAGUAGUAGACUCUGGUUGCAUCCCAAAUGGCACCCUAUUCCCUUUAUUGUACACUAGCUUUGACCAGGGCCCAUAGGGAAUAGGGUGCCAUUUGGGAUGCACCCUCUGUUUUUGGAGAUUCAGAUUCUAUCCCGUGUCAUUUGUGCCUUUAAUUCCAGCUUGGUUGGAAUUUGUAAUGAACCCUGAGCUUUGCAUUGAGAAUGAUGUUGAAAUGUGUUUACCAAGUAUUGGAAUGUGUUCUGAGUAGGGCUAACACAAUUACUGUGUAACCGACCGUCCUAACUGUAAAAAAAAUAAUGUGUAUAUAUGUGUGUGUGUGUAUAUAUAUAUAUAUAUAAUAUAUAUAUAUAAUAUUAUAUAUAUAUAUAUUAUAUAUAGAUAUAUAUAUAUAUAUAUAUUAGAUAGAUUAUACUAUAAUAUAUAUAGAUAUAGAUAUAUAUAUAUACUAUACUAUACUAUACAUAUAUAUAUAUAUAUUUUUUUUUUAUAUAUAUAUAUUGUGUAUAAAAAAUAAAAUAAAAUAAAGGUGUUGUAGCAAACAAGUCUUCGGAAGCCUAGGCAACACCCCCCCCAAAAUGCAGCAGCAGCACACAUAGAAAUAUAAUGAAUAGAACGGGCUUGGAACAUCUAACCCUGGCAAUUUGACUGGUAAACUUAGAAUGCCCCGUAUUGUAAAGAAAUAAUUUCCAUGGUAAUGUAGACUGUUCAUUCAAAUUAUGUUAACUGAUGUCGCCUAUGCAAUGGGAUGUAUUUUUUGUAAUGUCUGUUGUGACCGGACGGGUUAUUUUAGGCCGUUUUUAACUACCUGUUCCUCCCUUCCGAACGGCGUUCGCCCAUCUCUUAGAACUGACUGACCCAUGUUCAACUGCUGUUCACAUGGAACCCUUCUCCACUUCGGCCUUCAAAGUUCUCGUUUUGAAUAUUUGCUACUACCACCAAGACAUGCACCCGCGGGCGGCUCCACCCGGGCCCACGCCCUAGGCUUCCAGUUGAAUCAACAAAUCACAGCACAUAUUGAUGGGGACACUUCCCGCUUUUACUUCCUGCUUUGCUCCUAUGGAUAGUGGGGACACUCACAAUGGCUGCCAGUCCAUCCAUUGCCAGCAGCAUACCACCCUGCAUCCCACUGCUGGCUUGUCUCUGAAGCUAAGCCCUGGAUGGGAGACCAGAUGCUGCUGGAAGUGGUGUUAAAGUGCCAAUAGGAGGCACUCUUUCCUUUUGGUUUAAAGAUAAUAAUAUCAGAAUGCCCCAAGGGCAGUUAUUGGGGACAUUACCCUGUGUAAGGUGCUGUCUUUCGGAUGGGACGUUAAACGGGUUUCCUGACUCUAUGGUCACUAAAGAGCCCAUGACACUUAUCGUAAGAGUAGGGGUGUUAACCGCAGUGUCCUGGCUAAAUUCCCAAUCUGGCCCUCAUACCGUCAUGGCCACCUAAUCAUCCCCAGCUUCCAAUUGGCUCAUUCAUCCCCCCCUCCUCUCCCCUGUAACUAUUCCCCAGGUUGUUGCUAUAAAUUACAAUGUGUUCUCAGUCAACUUUCCUGGUAACAUGAGGGUAAAAUAAAAUACAAUUAUGCCAUCAUUGACUUGAAUGGGGACGCCCGUUUUAUUCAUUCUAUUUCUAUGGCAGCACAUACAAUGAGAACGGUUAUUACGGAGACCGCGGUCAUUUUGCUGGCCAAUUACCGUCAUCCAAAAAUCCAUGACCGUCACAGCCCUAGUUUUGAGCUACUGCACGUUAUUCAGCUUCAGAGCAGAUGUGUUCCAGAUUUCAGAGCUAGUGUUCAUUUUGCAUCGUCAGGGUAGCUCAGGUCCGGGUAGUAGUUGCGAAACCAUUUCCAUUUUGUGUGCAUGUUUGUGUGAGAACCAUGUUUGCGCCUAUAGAGAGCAUGCCUGUAUGUUGUACAGAUCUAGUAUCAGUUUCCCCUCCCCCAAAACUGAACCAGGAACAGCGUCUAGGGGCAACUUCACCCUACACCUAUGUUGAAAUAUUGGCAUCACAGUGUGUGGCUUGUCAUGUAAGCCGUCAUGUCAACUCCAUGCAUUCUUCUGUAUUUAUUUUUCAGGCAAGCAUUCAUUUCACCCCUACUGCACUGCCUGCCAAGGAGAAUAACUCACCCUAUGAGGUAUUGACCUUCAAUCUAGUCAUAGAGAAUGUAUGGGGGCAAGAUCUGUGCUCUCAUUGUCCAUCAUUGACAGUAAACAUUCAUAGUCCGUUCUCAGUGCUGAGACUGUGGCUCCAUCCCAAAUGGCACCCUAGUCCCUAGAAAAGGGGAAUAGGGUGCCAUUUGGGACACAGCCUGCAUUGAAAUCUAUGACGUUAACAUCUUUGUUGUGCUUGUCCCUUCCAGACAAGGCCAGGUGCCAUCCAGCCCCUCUCCCGUGGUGGCGGGCGGCAGAUCACCUCGCCAGCCACUCCGGAUGGGCACAGCAGAGACGGGCACAGCAGUCCCAACCCCUUCCAGCAUGGCCCCUCCCCCAUCAACUCUCAGUCCUUUGUAAGACCCCUCUCCACCACGUAGGGUGAGGGUGAGACCCCCCCCCCCCACCCUGGGUGCCAUCUCACAGCAGUGUCACGAAUGCUCAUCACAAUUGUUUCCUAGUAUUUGUAGACGCUACUUACCAUAGAGUUUGAGCUGGGUCCCUGUCCUUGCAUUCAUUUGCGCACGGGGACUUGCUGUAAAAGCACUGUUGUUGAAGACAAGCGCCAUAAAAGUGUACUUGCAUUCUCAGCAAUAUUUAUCUGAGUCGCAACUACUGUAGCCAGAGCCAACCAAUGGCUUACAGGGGAGUUCUGGAAUGUUUCAUUCCAUCUGGUGAUUGGGUUGAAUCUCAGCAAUCUCAACAAUCUCCCGUUUUCUUGUAUAUAACGCUACCUCCGCCGAGUUGCGCACACAUUAUCUGAGUGCCAUAGCUUCACAAAGGCAGGCACAGCCUCAUUCGCCCACCCCUAUUGUCUGUCUCUCGCACAUCCCCCUUCGCAUCAUGGUUUCUCCACCUUGUUCUCACGCUGUCUUCAGCUUCUCUGUUUUUUUCUCCUGUUCUGCCCCGCUCCUUGUUCCCCUUGGCUUUGUCUGUCCCCUCCUUCUCCCUUUUGCUCCUCCCACUUCAUGGACCUCCCCCUCUUGCCUCCUGACCCCCCCCGCCCCCCCCCAGCUGCAGCCUUGUUUUCCCUCCCCCGACACGAUCGAUGAGUUCCCCCUAAACCCCAAGCAGGCAUACAAGGCGUUUGCCGCCGUGCCUCACUCGCUGGCCGUGCUGGAGCCGCCCCCGCAGGUAGGCAGGUCGCCCCACCCAGGCACCCCGUGGGCCCCAACAAGCAUACUAUGGUGGUCGUCUUCACCCCCCCACCCCCCCCCCCCCCCCCCCCCCCCCCCACGGCUGGUGCAGACCGCCCACCCUCAAAGCCUGUCCCCCGUCUCGGCCUGUAACCGUGGUCCGUACUGUGUUGGAAUGCAGUCGUGUGUAGUCUUUGUUUUUGUACUGGUGCUGUUGUUCACAAUUUCCAUUCUGAAAGCAAUCAUUGAUCAUCAGCCGUCUGUGCUCAGAAGUCCCAUCCAUUUAAGUCCCAUCUCAACCAUUCUCAUCAACUUGCCUGCUUUGUGCCCAUAGAAAUAGAAUCUAUGCUAUCUAUGAUUCUAUCUAGGAUUCUAUUUCUAUGUUUGUGCCUCUCCACUGUGUGUUUUCCUUUCUGUCCAAUGGCUACCUCCUGUUUCCCUCACGCUUUAUCUUCUGUGUCCAUCAACAGGAUCAGUUUGGCCAGAGGAACAAUGUCCACCCCAAUCAGCCUUCUCCUUCUCCAGAGGUGAGCCUUUGUACCACCAGUUACAAUACAAGUUAUAGGGACAGCAUUAAGGGUCAUAAGUGUGUUUUGUGUUAGUCUGUGUGAUAUCGAAUGAGUUUGAAUGGCAACGCAGGUCAGUAUGUGUUAAUGUUAAUUAGAAGACAUUGAAAAAGUGCAGAUAAAACCUGUCUUAAAGUGACAAAUUGGCGGUUGGUCAUGUCCCUUUGGGCUGACACUCCGGUGACGAGACGACUUCUGUACAUGUGGUUCUUUCAGCCUGAGCUGAACAACGAGGUGUUUGAGGAUGAGGUAGAGGGGGACGGAGGAGUGGGUAGAGGUCAGGCAGCCCCAGUCUCUCCCCGACCCUCCCUCUCCUCUGACCGUCGGGACUAUAUGAGUCUGGCAGCAGUGCCACGCCUCUCCAGAGCCUCCAUGGACAUGGUCGUAAAGGUACCCCCCCCACCCCACCGUGGGUGUCCCCAAUCGGGCUGAGAUCGGGCUGUGGUCUCCUUUGCUUUGGUGGUGAUGGCAGUGCUAUAUCACUGUUACUUACAGAGAGAAGGGGCGGCGGUGCUACAUUUGGUGUCAGAGGUGGGAUCCUGGGUUGUGAUUCGACUGCCUAAUUUAUAUUUUUCCCACCUGCUUAACAAUCAAUUAAUACUGUGCUGGAUUUACUGUAAAACCUUCUUAACUUUCUGAUGAUUCUCAAAUGAAAUGGUCAAAUCAAAAUAUUUCAGUUUAUUAAAAGAAUCUUCAUGUUUUUAUGGACUGGCUAUUUUUAUGGACAUUGUUGUGGGAUCUGGCUUACGUAUGUGUCUGUGUCCAUUGAAUGUUUGAUUGGGCAGGUUGAAACCAACCUCUGUCCCCAUGGCCAUUUCAGAGGGCGGUGUGGGUAAUGUUGGUGUACGAACUGUUGCUCUUCCAGCAUCCUAACCACCCUAUCCCUAUGGUCCCCUCCCCCACAGACUCCAUCACCUGGGGGCAGAGACAGCCUGGAGCAGCGCUCCUUCAGGGACAGACAGAAGUACUUUGAGAUCGACGUGAAGCAACAGACGCCCGACAGCAAGCCCAAAGGCCGCGUGUCCCUGGUGGGAGCAGACGACCUGAAGAAGAUGAGGGAGGAGGAAGGUUUGUGCCAGCCAGCUCCUUUAUUUCAAGCCCAAAUAAUACCCUUUACCCCCUUCUAGGGUUGCACAUUUCUGAUAACUUUCCCAAAAUGAGGUUUCUGAAUUUGAUGCUUUAAUCCUUCAUGAUUCCAGUACUCAUCCAACCAGGAAUUAAGGAAUAUCUUGGAAUUUUAGGGAAACUUCUGUGAAUGGUACAAAUCUCUGGUUCAUUUUGGUCAGAGAGACUAAUGCUGCCUUCAUAACAUCUCAUAAAUUCUUAAAUACCAGCAUACCACUUGGAAAUAUCUACUUGAACGCCCUUCCAACUGGUAAUUACUAGUGGGAAAAUCGUCUCUCAUCUCUGAGCUCCGACUUCUCCCACACGCUGAACUCUGACGUCACAUACUAAGGAAAUGACCUCGAUAACAGCAUUUUCGGCAGUUAAAUGCAACAACAAAACAUUAUUUAAAUGCAACACCAAAACAUUAUUUUUAAAAAUUAAUAAUCAGUUAAUAUGGUUUUUGAACACUAAUUUGUUUACGAGUAUGAUAGCUGUAAUUUUAGUGCAGGUUUAAGCAGCGUGUUUGCCAUUAGUCAAUUGGCGUUCUCAACGAGUUCAAAGCAUGUGAAUGCAAGGAACUCGUUGCUCCCAGUAUACAAGUAGUAUUUUCAGAGUUUCCCACUUGUUAUGAACGCAGCAUAAGCUCUGAUGAAUCGCAUCCUAAUGGAACUAUGUUUCUACAAUCCCAGAGAGGAGAUUCGAGCAGCGGGCACGGGAGUACCUGAUGGAUGACGAUGACGAGGAGGAGGAUGACCUGGUGACGCAGAUGGGAGUGUUGAAGGCCACGGGCAAGGUGUUGCUGGACGGGGUGGAGUACAAGGUGGAGCCUGUAGCCACGCCCCCCAGGCACUGUAACACGCCCCCCAGCUACUGUGGCAGCUCAGGGUACAGCCUUUUCUCUUGAAUUUAUUAGGAAAUACGCUUGAAAUUAAGAUUCAUUGAUUGCACAUUAUCAGAUGCCUAUGUUUUGAGUAAUGGAAGAUUAUAUUGUGGAGGUUUUUUAUUUUAAAUUCAGCUGUUUAAUGUCCCCUCAUUUAUGUUUGUGCCCAUAGGCCCUCGUUAGUGGAUGGUAAAGGAGACUCCCAGAGGAAUUCCCUAGAGGAGAGCUUCAGGUUGGAGCAGCAGAGGCCCAACUCCAUGACUGGGUAAAAACAACCAAACACGUCCUAGAUUUUAAAUCACAAAUCCGUGUGUGUGACACUGUUUUAUAGUCUCUGCAGUGGUCUCCCAAACGUGUGUGUGUGUAGUGUGUAGUGUCUGCUGCAGUGUGUGUGUGAGGUGUUAUGUGGUGUGUUAGCAGUGCGUUUUGACAUUGUGUGUUCCUCCCUCUCCACCCAGUCUGAUCCCAGUGUACCCUGGAGAGUCGGGGGCUCCCAUCCGGACGGCCAAGGCAGAGCGGAGGCAACAGGAGCGGCUGAGAAUGCAGAGUCCAGAGCUGACCCCAGCCGGAGACAAGGACCUCUCCCCCUCCGAGAAACGGGCUCUGGAAGCCGAGAAGAGAGCCAUGUGGAGGGCAGCAAGGUACACACACACUUACACAAUCACACACACACACACAAUCACGUCACACACACACACACACACACACAAUCACGUCACACACACGUCACACACAUCACAAAAGGACAUUUGAAUAUGUGUGAAGAAACUAAAGGGACAUAGAUCAAUAUGUUCUAAAUACAGAGCCAGGUAGAGAACAGCAGGGACAAGAUUCCUCUUUGCCUUCCCAACCUUUCUGUGUUUCUACUAUUUUUGCUUUUUGUCCUGUUUCUUCUCAUCUUUUCCAUGCGUUAUAGUGACUGAUUAUCAGAGAUUCCUCUUAAAGGAACUUGGGUUUUUACAUUUUAGUCAUUUAGCAGAGGCUCUUAUCCAGAGCAACUUACAGUAGAGUGCAUACAUUUUCGUACUGGUCCCCCGUGGGAAUCAAACCCACAACCCUGGUGUUGCAAGUGCCAUGUUCUACCACGCUCUCACCCAUCUACAGACAAUACCCCAUAAUGACAAAGUGAAAACAUGUUUUUAGAAACGUAGCAAAUUUAUUGAAAAUGAAAUGCAGACAUAUUUUAAAUAAGUAUUCAAACCCCUGAGUCAAUACAUGCUAGAAUCACCUUUGGCAGCGAUUACGGCUGUCAGUCUUUCUGGGUAAGUCUCUAAGAGCUUUGCACACCUGGAUUGUACAAUAUUAUUGCAUUUUCUUUUAUUUAUUUUUAUACUUGAAGCUCUGUCAAGUUGGUUGUUGAUCAUUGCUAGACAGCCAUUUUCAAGUCUUGCCAUAGAUUUUCAAGCUGAUUUAAGUCAAAACUGUAACUAGGCCACUCAGGAACAUUCAAUGUCUUCUUGGUAAGCAACUCCAGUGUAUUUUCGGCCUUGUGUUUAGGUUAUUGUCCUGCUGAAUGGUGAAUUUGUUUCCCAGUCUGUUGUAAAGCAGACUGAACCAGGUUUUCCUCUAGGAUUUUGCCUGUGCUUAGCUCUAUUACGUUUAUUUUUACCGUUUACCUUUACUCUCUAGUCCUUGCCGAUGAGAAGCAUACCCAUAACAUGAUGCAGCCACCACCAUGCUUGAAAAUAUGGAGAGUGGUACUCUAAUGUAUUGUGUUUGAUUUGGCCCCAAACAUAUUCAUGAUAUAAAGUUCAUUUCUUUGCCACAUGUUUUGCAGUUUUACUUUAGUGCCUUGUUUUAGAAAUUUUUUAUUCUGUACAGGCUUCCCUCUUUUCACUCAUUGAGGUUAGUAUUGUGGAGUAACUACAACUUUGUUGAUCCAUCCUCAGUUUUCACCUAUCACAGCCAUUAAACUCUGUAAUUGUUUUAAAGUCACCAUUGGCUCAUGGUGAAAUCCCUGAGCAGUUUCCUUCCUCUCUAGCAUCUGAGUUAGGAAGGACGCCUGAAUCUUUGUAGUGAUUGAGUGUAUUGAUACAAAGUGUAAUUAAUAACUUCACCAUGCUCAAAAGGAUAUUCAAUGCCUGCUUUUUUAGGUGCCCUUUGCAAGGCAUUGGAAAACCUCCCUGGUCUUUGUGGUUGAAUCUGUGUUUGAAAUUCACUGCUCGACUGAGGGACAUUACAGAUAAUUGUAUGUGUGGGGUAAAGAGAUGAGGAAGUCAUUAAAUAAAGCAAUUGUACACCAGAGGGCGUGCUAAACAACUUUUUUAGCACGGCUGUGCUGCGAUCAUAUGUACGAGGCUGAGCCAAGUACCGUAGAUCAGCACAGCCGUGCUAAAAAAGUUGUUUUGCACAACCUCAAGUGUACAAUUGCUUUUCUACAACGGGUUACCAAUGAAAUAAAAUACGUUAUUUUGAUCAAUGUAUUCAUAGGCUACUAUUUCAUCCCUCAAAAUAUAGGCCUAGUCCUGACACAUCUAUGGUUGCUAGCCAUGCAAGCUGGCCGUUCAUUCUGUCGGUUAGGUUGCCAGAGACAUGACCCAGUCGUUAAGUAUUUUUGUUCUAUAUCCAUGGACAUGACCCAGUCGUUCGUUCUAAAUGUUCCGUUGCCAUGCUGACUGGCAACGCUCUUAUACAUUGCUUGCUAGCCAACUACGGCUAACACAGUCAGGUCAAACAGUGCAGCCAGAAUAACAGCAAAGUAGCUGCAUGUGUGUUUGUUUAGGCUGUUUUGGAUUUCGCCUGGCAUAGAAAAUGUGCUCUCUCGUCAGGACACUGUUAAGAGGAGCUAACCAACUACACAGCUAACACAAUCACUUCAAACUGAAGCUAGUAAGACAGCAAACUAGCUGCAUUUCAUGUCAUUUGACCUGUUUUCCUAUUGACAUUUCUUUGUAUAUACAGUGGGGGAAAAAAGUAUUUAGUCAGCCACCAAUUGUGCAAGUUCUCCCACAUAAAAAGAUGAGAGAGGCCUGUAAUUUUCAUCAUAGGUACACGUCAACUAUGACAGACAAAUUGAGAAAAUUUUUUUCCAGAAAAUCACAUUGUAGGAUUUUUAAUGAAUUUAUUUGCCAAUUAUGGUGGAAAAUAAGUAUUUGGUCAAUAACAAAAGUUUCUCAAUACUUUGUUAUAUACCCUUUGUUGGCAAUGACACAGGUCAAACGUUUUCUGUAAGUCUUCACGAGGUUUUCACACACUGUUGCUGGUAUGUUGGCCCAUUCCUCCAUGCAGAUCUCCUCUAGAGCAGUGAUGUUUUGGGGCUGUCGCUGGGCAACACGGACUUUCAACUCCCUCCAAAGAUUUUCUAUGGGGUUGAGAUCUGGAGAUUGGCUAGGCCACUCCAGGACCUUGAAAUGCUUCUUACGAAGCCACUCCUUUGUUGCCCGGGCAGUGUGUUUGGGAUCAUUGUCAUGCUGAAAGACCCAGCCACGUUUCAUCUUCAAUGCCCUUGCUGAUGGAAGGAGGUUUUCACUCAAAAUCUCACGAUACAUGGCCCCAUUCAUUCUUUCCUUUACACGGAUCAGUCGUCCUGGUCCCUUUGCAGAAAAACAGCCCCAAAGCAUGAUGUUUCCACCCCCAUGCUUCACAGUAGGUAUGGUGUUCUUUGGAUGCAACUCAGCAUUCUUUGUCCUCCAAACACGACGAGUUGAGUUUUUACCAAAAAGGUAUGUUUUGGUUUCAUCUGAACAUAUGACUUUCUCCCAAUCCUCUUCUGGAUCAUCCAAAUGCACUCUAGCAAACUUCAGACGGGCCUGGACAUGUACUGGCUUAAGCAGGGGGACACGUCUGGCACUGCAGGAUUUGAGUCCCUGGCGGCGUAGUGUGUUACUGAUGGUAGGCUUUGUUACUUUGGUCCCAGCUCUCUGCAGGUCAUUCACUAGGUCUGGGAUUUUUGCUCACCGUUCUUGUGAUCAUUUUGACCCCACGGGGUGAGAUCUUGCGUGGAGCCCCAGAUCGAGGGAGAUUAUCAGUGGUCUUGUAUGUCUUCCUUUUCCUAAUAAUUGCUCCCACAGUUGAUUUCUUCAAACCAAGCUGCUUACCUAUUGCAGAUUCAGUCUUCACAGCCUAGUGCAGGUCUACAAUUUUGUUUCUGGUGUCCUUUGACAGCUCUUUGGUCUUGGCCAUAGUGGAGUUUGGAGUGUGACUGUUUGAGGUUGUGGACAGGUGUCUUUUAUACUGAUAACAAGUUCAAACAGGUGCCAUUAAUACAGGUAACGUGUGGGGGACAGAGGAGCCUCUUAAAGAAGAAGUUACAGGUCUGUGAGAGCCAGAAAUCUUGCUUGUUUGUAGGUGACCAAAUACUUAUUUUCCACCAUAAUUUGCAAAUAAAUUCAUUAAAAAUCCUACAAUGUGAUUUUCUGGAUUUUGUUUUCUCAAUUUGUCUGUCAUAGUUGACGUGUACCUAUGAUGAAAAUUACAGGCCGCUCUCAUCUUUUUAAGUGGGAGAACUUGAACAAUUGGUGGCUGACUAAAUACUUUUUUUCCCCACUGUAUAUCCAUAAAAAUUAUGCGGAUUCAUGAUUUCGACUGGCUGAGAAAAAAUGUCAGUUAAUUCUAUUGGUUAGGUUGCCAGAGACGUGACCCAGUCGUGAAGUCUUUUUAUUCUAUAUCAAAGGACGCGACCCAGUCGUUCGUUCUAAAUGUUCCGUUGCCAUGCUGGCUGGCAAAACUCUUAUCCCUUGCUUGCUAGCUAGCCUACUACGGCUAACACAGUCACGUCAAACCGUGCAGCUAGAAUAACAGAAAAGUAGCUGCAUUUAAUGUCGUUUUACCUGUUUUUCUAUUGACAUUUCUUUGUAUACAGUGCAAUCGGAAAGUAUUCUGACCCCUUUACUUUUUCCACAUUUUGUUACGUUACAGCCUUAUUCUAAAAUUGAUUUAAAUUAUAAUUUUUUCUCGUCAAUCUACAAACAAUAUCCCAUAAUGAUAAAGCGAAAACAGGUUUUUAGACAUUUUUGCACAUUUAUAAAAAAAAAAAAUACCUUAUUUACAUAAGUAUUCAGACCCUUUGCUAUGAGACUCAAAAUGUAGCUCCGGUGCAUCCUGUUUUGCUGUUUAUUAUCUAUGUGUAGUCACUUUACCCCUUUCCACAUGUACAAAUUACCUCGACUAACCUGUACCCCAGCACAUUGACUCGGUACCGGUACCCCCUAUAUAUAGCCUCGUUAUUGUUAUUUUAUUGUAUUACUUUUUAUUGUAUUUUUUUACUUUAGUUUAAGUAAAUAUUUUCUUAAGGUAAGGUCACCUGUCGGCACAUGUGACAAAUAAAAUUUGAUUUGAUUUGAUGAACCCAAGAUUGAACUCUUUGGCCUGAAUGCCAAGCGUCACGUCUGGAGGAAACCUGGCACCAUCCCUAUGGUGAAGCAUGGUGGUGGCAGCAUCAUGCUGUGGGGAUGUUUUUCAACAGCAGGGACUGGGAGCAAAGUACAGAGAGAUCCUUGAUGAAAACUUGCUCCAGAGCGCUCAGGACCUCAGACUGGGGCGAAGGUUUCCCUUCCAACAGGACAACGACCCUAAGCACACAGCCAAGACAACACAGGAGUGGCUUCGGGACAAGUCUCUGAAUGUCCUUGAGUGGCCCAGCCAGAGCCUGGACUUGAACCCGAUCAAACAUCUCUGGAGAGACCUGAAAAUAGCUGUGCAACGACGCUCCCCAUCCAACCAGACAGAGCUUGAGAGGAUCUGCAGAGAAGAAUGGGAGAAACUCCCCAUAUACAGGUAUGCCAAGCUUGUAGCAUCAUACCCAAGAAGACUCGAGGCUGUAAUCGCUGCCAAAGGUGCUUCAACAAAGUACUAAAGUGAAGGGUCUUAAUACUUAUGUAAAUGUAAUAUUUCAUUUUUUCAUGUUUUAUAAAUUUGCAAAAAUGUCUAAAAACCUGUUUUUGCUUUGUCAUUAUGGGGUAUUGUGUGUAGAUUGAUGAGGGGGGAAAACAAUUGUAAUCCAUUUUAGAAUAAGGCUGUAACGUAACAAAGUGUAAAAAGUGAAGUGAUCUGAAUACUUUCCGAAAUGAACGUAAAUUCUCAAUAGGACAGUGGGGAUGUAAUAUAUACUGAACAAAAAUAUAAACGCAACAUGCAACAAUUUCAAAGAGUUUACUGAGUUACAGUUCAUAUGAGGAAAUCAGUCAAUUGGAAUAAAUUCAUUAGGCCCUAAUCUAUGGAUUUCACAAGACUGGGCAGGGGUGCAGCCAGGCCCACCCACUAGGGAGCCAGCCCCAGCCGAUCAGAAUGAGUUUUUCCCCACAAAAGGGCUUUAUUACAGACAGAAAUACUCCUCAGCGAAGGAGAAAUGCUCACUAACAGGGAUAUAAACAAAUUUGUGCACAUCAUUUGAGAGAAAUAAGCUUUUUGUGCGUAUGUAACAUUUCUGGGAUUUUUUAUUUCAUCUGAUGAAACAUGGGACCAACACACUUUACAUGUUGCGUUGUGUAAUAUUGAAACUAUGUUGCAAAUGUCGAGAGACAGACAGCAAAGUUGUUGCAAACCAAAUGUUAGGCUAGAAGCAAGGGGAGAUAAUGUCUAGAGGCGUUUUUACAGUGGAGAUCAAGUUAAUGAAUUGACUGGCUGGGCUGAUGGGACAGGAUGAGCAGGGAUUUCUCAGAUGGAGCAGAAAACAAGAUUCCCAUUUUUGCACCAAAGGCUUACCGGUGCUAAACGUUUUUCUCAACCAAUCACAAUGCUUGUUUUGACCAACCCGUUGUAGAAAAAUCAUGUUAAACAGUAUUAUUGCACACAGAUUGAGUCCAUGCAAUUUAUGUGAUUUACAGUAUGUGAUUUAUAAUACUUUUUAAGCAAAAUGUUUACUCCUGAACUUACUUGCCAUAACAAAGGGGUUGAAUACUUAUUGACUCCAGACAUUUCAGCUUUUCAUUUUUAAUUAAAUAGUAAACAUUUCUAAAAACAUAAUUCCACUUUUACAUUAUGGGGUAUUGUAUGUAGGCCAGUGACACAAUCUCAAUUUAAUUAAUUUUCAAUUCGGGCAACACAAAAUGUGGAAAAAGUCAAGGGGUGUGAAUACUUUCUGAAGGCACUGUGUAUCUACUUCUGAUCUCCUCCCUCUCACUGUUUUCAUCUCUUACUGCUAGACUGGUCUCAUUGGACUCUCUCCUAUUCGUUUCAAUGUUUUACCUCUGUCUGUGUGCCCUGUCUCUCCGUCCCUCUGUGUGUUUUCCUUUCCUCCUCUUCCUCCUCUCCCUGCCCACCUUCCCCUUCGUUGUGGGUGCAGGCCCUAUGGCCUAGAGGAGGAUGUUAGGCAGUAUGAGCAGGACCUGGCUAAGAGGCUCUACCAGUCGCGAGUGAGGGCGUCUCAGGGCACCGCGCCACCCCCUCAGUCCCAAAACGCUGCCACCUCCUCCGCUGCCUCCCAGCUCAGGUCUGCUCACCAGUCCUGACCCGCACACCAUUGUGGGGGUAUUGCUGCCUGGGGUGCUUUGGUUUGGUGGGGGGGGGGCUGUUGAUUCACUCUGCUAGCUUUCUUCCUUUCUCUCUCACUUUGUUUCACUCUCUCUUUCUUUCUCUCGCUUCUCUCUUGGUUUUAACGCAUCUUUCAUCGUACUAACAUACAGUCCCCAGUGUGGCUGUAGCUGUCUGUGAGCUGAGGGCCUGGCUAGGUAGUCCUUCUCCUGGAUUCUGUCACGCUGGUCUUGUACUUUAUACUAUAGUCUUAAAAACAAGCAUUUCUGAGUUGAGUGAACCACCGCAGGCCAGGAUAAGGAACACCCAACAGCUGCUGUUGUUGUCUGGUUGUCCUCCCCACUCCAUUAGAGCAACGUGCCCUAGUUCUGCUCUAUAUAGUCUAGAGGAUCUAGAGAUCGAUACUGCGAUGAGAGAGAGAGAGAGUAAAGAGACAGAGAGAGGCUUAAGGAGGGAGAUCUCGAUCUCGAGGAUCGCUCUUCCCACGUCUCAUCUUCGUCACACCGAUUUCUCUCUACUCUCUCACUCUCUCUCUUCUCCCCCCCCCUAUCUCUCUCUCUCUCUCUCUCUCUCCCCACCCUCUUCUCUCUCUCUCUCUCUCUCUUCCCCCCCCCCCCCCCCGGUCCAUCUCUCUAUCUGACGGAGUUCUCUCUCUCCAAUAGGAUGAAGUCUCUGGAGCAGGAUGCGUUGAAGGCUCAGAUGGUCAUCGCUAAGUCCCGGGAGGGAAAGAAGCGUGGCACAAUGGACCAGCUGGCCGAGUCGCCCUCGCCCGCCCCCACGCCAUCCCCCACCCCUCUGGAAGGUACGUCAGUGGCCGUCUCAUGCACUCACACAGCUUAGCCCCUACAUUCAUUCACUCUCACUCAAUGUCUGAGUCCCAAAUGGCACCCUAUUCCCUAUAUAUUGCACUACUUUUGACCAGUGUCCUAUGGGCCCUGGUAAAAAAAAUAUAUAGAGAGAAUAGGGUGCCGUUUGGGAUGCAGCCUCUCACUCAAUACCACACCUCGAUCAUCGAGUGGAUUCAGACUCAUAACCUUUUUCUGUCUAACAGAUUUCAGUCCACAAGGAGUGACGUCACCAGGCAGACUGGUAAGGAUCGAGAUCUCUACUGCUUUUGUUUGUUAAAUGAGAGUUCAUAGAGAUGUCUCCACUGACCUAUUUCAAUCCAGGGUAAAAGAGACUUGGAUUGUUGCUUGGACAACCAGAGCUCAUUUUAAUUGAGAAUAACAAUGUCACAAUCUAACACAAGCCUUCCUUUUAAGUCGCUAUUCCGGUGAGAGAUGUUCCAUCAUGAAAAGUUGUUUUGAUGGGCUUUAAGGCACAUUUACAUUUUUCGCCACCAUUGUACACAAUCACUUCAGCCUAUCAAAUGCCUUGAUCAUCACUACAGCCAAUCAAAUCCCUCUCCCUCCACAAGCCACACUGGACUGUAGUAUGAGUCAUCCAUCCAGCUCCACUGCCUCCUCUCUCAUUCUCCCUCCCUCUUUCCCUUUACCCAUCCCUGUCCCUCUCCCUCUUUCCUCACCUCUUCCUCUGCUCAUUCCUUUUUGCUAUCCUUCUAGUCCCUGUCGGAAAAGAAGUUUGACUACCGACAGUUUGCUGCCAUUCCUUCUUCCAAACCCGUAUACGACAUUCAGGUAUUGACUGCAUGCUGAGCUCCCAGGCCCCAUCCCUCUCCUGACUUUCCCUUCUGCCACCGCCCCAAUCCCCCUCUGGUCCUCCAGUAAUCAGACCUUACAGCAGCGCUGGUGGUGCCACUGCUUCUACAGCUGCCGCCAUUUUGGCUCUCCCCCUGAUUGAUUAUUCCCUGCUCCGCUGCUCCAUUCUGGGGAUGUGGUUUGCUAGUUGCUGCCUCCGAUUUAGUUGAUGAAUGGAUCUUGGAAACAUAAUGCUAAUACACUAAUACACCAGUAAGAUACUGACCACGUAAUCAAAUCAGGUCCUGGGUCAGUUUUCUAUCAGGAUGACCUCUUACCUCCACUCAAAGCUUUCUCACCAUCCCUGUUCUCCCACUCGCCUUCCAAAACAUUACCAACCAAUCACCUUCAUUUAUUUCCAAACAACCAGCCUCCACCAGGCAACAUCAACACUCACCAACCACCAACCACUGAUUUCAGCCCCACUAACCAGCCCCCAAUCAGCUUCCGGGGGAAACUGCCCAGAUCCUGCAUCUCUCCCUCCUUCUCAGCCACUCUCACUCUCACCAGCUCUCCCUUUCUCUCCAUGGCCGGGGCUCAGAGCCGUGUCUGUCCUGGUUCCUGAUCACCUCUCCCAGUAUCAGGCAGACCUGACAACAACGCAUCACCUUUUGGGAUCUCCUGUCCUGUCAUGCUCUUGACUCCUAGUGCAUAACAUUUUCCAGUCUAUCACUUAACCAACAUAUUGGUGAUGGGAACUUCCUGGGCUAAACGUAAUGAGGUCUCCCUAAGCUUGGAUCUCAGCCUGCAUAAGGAUGAUUCUACAGGGGUUCCUUGGGGGUCAGGGAGACUUAUUUCUCAGUGGUUGUGGUGGUUUCUGGUCCAGUAUUUUGUAGUCUGUGCUGCUAUCAGUCUUUUUUCCAGUCUCUGUAGAUUAAGUGUUUUAUCAAUCAGUCUUCCACACUGAAAGGCCACCAAAUAUUCCUCCACUGCUCCCAAUAUUAAUUUGGCCUUGGAGUUCUAAAUUUAACAUGCUGUUCUAUAACAAGCUUGCCUAGUCUUGAGGCCUCGUGACCUAAAUACAGUAGAACUACUGUAGAGGCCAAUAGGCUUCUCUGAUACUAAUGUGCUUCUCACGAACUCGGGGACACUGGAAUGUGCAUAACUUCUGGCAUACGGUUACUGAGCUGCUAUUUGGUGGGCUUUAACAGUGGGUAUAGACCUCAGUGUACAAUACGUGUGCAACCUUAUUCUCCACAUGUCUCACAAAGUGUGCACUUGUCAUGCAUACUCCCUGUGAUGGGUUAACAAUGGUUCAAUCAGGGAGUGUGCAAGUGCACACUUAGGGAGAAGUGUUUUGGAGAACCGGGAAGCAGGGUAUGUGUUUGAGUGUUGAAUUCACACCAAUAUGGGCUACUGUAUUUGUGCUUAGUCCAGUGGGAGAGACCUGUGUAGUGGGCUGUGCUGUGAUUUUCUCUGCUGCAUUGGUGACUGUGGUUUGGCUAAGUGUCUUGUAAUGCUUCCUUGCCUGUGAACAGCUGCUCUCUGUGAUGUGCCUGGGUGAUGGAACAACCCCCGGAACUGAUGGACUAACACAACCCUACCUUUAACUUCCCCAAUCCUAACAUCAGUCUGACCAGACUGCUGUGGGCAAGUGGAACCUACCUUCUCCACCCUUGCUGCCACAGUGACUGCCUGGGUGAAGAGCCACACCCACCCACUGCUAGUCCCCUAGCCCAACUUGGUGAAGGGGUUCUGGAAUUAUAGGUGGCCACAUCCCCUAGCCUUCUUCCACUCACACACUCUCUCUGUGUCCUUCUCUUGCAGUCCCCUGACGUGGUGGAUGACAUUCAGUUCAUUGACGAUGGCUCCAGUAACCCAGGUGAGUGUCAGUGGGUCAGAGUCAACAGAACCUCUUGACAACCACAUCAAGUGGGGUCCAGCAUCUCUGUUGGUAAAAUAGUGUGCUUUAAGUAGGAUUGGCCCUAUGGUUGCAAAAUUCCAGUAACUUUACCAACAUUUCCAGGUUUUCUAGAAAUCCUGGUUGGAGGAUUCCUAGAUUUCCUACUUAUUCCCUCCUGAUUUCUGAAAUAUUCCAACUGUGAUCUGGAAAACCUGGGAAUUUUCAGAAAGUUAACAGAAUUUUGCAACCCUAGCCCAUAAUGUACAAUAUGUUACCCUGAUCACUUUUAUCCCUUUGAUUCAGGUGACUUCCUGGGAUAAGCGACUCCUAUUGGUAGGAUUUACAUACUGCCGGUUUCUGUGUGUGUGUGUGUGUUUCUCUGAACUGUGUACCCCCGUUAGUCAAGUGUGAAAAACCAUAGCAUAGUAGGACCAUAUGUUCGUAGUGCUCUCUCUUUCUCUCUCUCAGCUUUAUAGAGUAGAAGGGCAUGGUUUGCCCUGAUAUGUCUGUAGCCUUUGUAACAGUUUCUACCGUUAUGGAGGCUAAAACCAUAUCAGGGCAUGGGAUGUUUUCCAACAUUGGGAGGGGGUUUGCUUUACCAUUGAUGGCUUUGCCUGCUAACCAUUCCUCACGUGUCAACCAGCUACUUUAGCUAGAUCCGUCAAACAUGCUACAGUACUGUACAUAAUAUUUGGUGUGUUAAACAAACUGACACUCUACUGCAGAUCCAGAUCCUGCAUGAACUCAAAUUGGCUAAACCAAAGACUUAAAGGGGAUGUUCAGUAUUUUGCAACUUAAUGUUAGAUGGUUCCUCACCCUGAAAGUAGUCUAUGGGCCAGGAGAAACUGUAAUCCAUGGUUCAGUUUUCUUUAAAGAGCCACUACGAAUUUAAGCAGACUUUAGCCACGCUAGCUACUUUCAGGGUAAGCAUCCAAGUAUUUCUAAUAAAUGUUCCUCCAUUCAAUAAUUUUGUCAUAUGCGCCGAAUACAACAGGUGUGGGAGGAGUCAAUGUCAAUAGUCCAGGUGGCCAUUUGAUUAAUUGUUCAGCAGUCUUAUGGCUUGGGGGUAGAAGCUGUUAAGGAGCCUUUUGGACCUAGACUUGGCGCUCCAGUACCGCUUGCCCUGCGGUAGCAGAGAGAACAGUCUAUGGCUUGGGUGACAGGAGUCUUUGACAAUUUUUGGGGCCUUCCUCUGACACCGCCUAGUAUAUAGGUCCUGGAUGGCAGGAAGCUUGGCCCCACGCAGGAAGCUGGGCCGUAUGCACUACCCUCUGUAGCGGCUUACGGUCGGAUGCCGAGCAGUUGCCAUACCAGGCGGUGAUGCAACCAGUCAGGAUGCUCUCUGGUGCAGCUGUAUAACUUUUUGAGGAUCUGGGGACCCAUGCCAAAUCUUUUCAGUCUCCUGAGGGGGAAAAGAUCUUGUCGUGCCCUCCUCACGACUGUCUUGGUGUGUUUGGACCAUGAUAGUUUGUUGGUGAUAUGGACACCAAGGAACUUGAAACUCUCGACCCGCUCCCGCUCGAUGUGAAUGGGGGCAUGUUCGGCCCUCCUUUUCCUGUAGUCCAUGAUCAGCUCCGUUGUCUUGCUCACAUUGAGGGAGAGGUGGUUGUCCUGGCACCACACUGCCAGGUCUCUGACCUCCUUCCUAUAGGCUGUCUAAUCAUUGUCGGUGAUCAGGCCUACCACUGUUGUGUCAUCAGCAAACUUAAUGAUUGUGUUGGAGUCGUGCCUGGCCACACAGUCGUGGGAGUAUAGGAGGGGACUAAGUACGCACCACUGAGGGGCCCUAGUGUUGAGGAUCAGCGUGGCAGAUGUGUUGUUGCCUACCCUUACCACCUGGGGGCGACCCUUCAGGAAGUCCAGGAUCCAGUUGCAGAGGGAGAUGUUUAGUCCCAGGGUCCUUAGCUUAGUGAUGAGCUUUGUGGGGAAUAUGGUGUUGAACGCUGGCUGAGCUGUAGUCAAUUAACAGCAUUCUCACAUAGGUGUUCCUUUUGUCCAGGUGGGAAAGGGCAGUGUGGAGUGCGAUUGAGAUUGCGUCAUCUGUGGAUCUGUUGGGGCGGUAUGCGAAUUGGAGUGGGUCUAGGGUUUCCGGGAUGAUGGUGUUGAUGUGAGCCAUGACCAGCCUUUCAAAUCACUUCAUGGCUACUGAUGUGAGUGCUACGGGGCGGUAGUCAUUUAGGCAGGUUACCUUCGCUUUCUUGGGCACAGGGACUAUGGUGGUCUGCUUGAAACAUGUAGGUAUUACAGACUCGGUCAGGGAGAGGUUGAAAAUGUCAGUGAAGACACUUGCCAGUUGGUCCGCGCAUGCUCUGAGUACACGACCUGGUAAUCCCCGCAGCCUUGUGAAUGUUGACCUGUUUUAAGGUCUUGCUCACAUCGGAGAGCGUGAUUACACAGUCGUCUGGAACAGCUGGUGCUCUAAUGCAUGUUUCAGUGUUGCUUGCCUCGAAGCGAGCAUAAAAGGCAUUUAGCUCGUCUGGUAGGCUCGCAUCACUGGCCAGCUCGCACCUGGAUUUCCCUUUGUAGUCCAUAAUAGUUUGCAAGCCCUGCAACAUCUGACGAGCGUCAGAGCCGGUGUAGUAGGAUUCAAUCUUAGUCCUGUAUUGACACUUUGCCUGUUUGAUGGUUCGUCUGAGGGCAUAGCGGGAUUUCUUAUAAGUGUCCGGGUUUGUGUCCCGCUCCUUGAAAGCGGCAGCUCUAGCCUUUAGCUCGGUGCGGAUGUUGCCUGUAAUUCAUGGCUUCUGGUUGGGAUAUGUACGUACGGUCACUGUGGGGACGACAUCAUUGAUGACCUUAUUGAUGAAGCCAGUGACUGAGGUGGUAUACUCCUCAAUGCCGUUGGAUGAAUCCCGGAACAUAUUCCAGUCUGCACUAGCAAAACAGUCCUGUAGCGUAGCAUCUACCUGGGAUAGGAUAAAGUAAUCCUUCUACCCCCCCCCCCCCUUUACUCCAACCCACCCCCCCCCCCAAAAAAAAAAAACAUUGUAAAGUGGUUAUCCCACUGGCUAUAAGGUGAAUGCACCUAUUUGUAAGUCGCUGUGGAUAAGAGCGUCUGCUAAAUGACGUAAAUGUAAAUGUAAAUCUGACCACUUCCGUAUUGAGUGAGUCACUGGUACUUCCUGCUUUAGUUUUUGCUUGUAAGCAGGACUCAGGAGGAUAGAAUUAUGGUCAGAUUUGCCAAAUGGAGGGCGAGGGAGAGCUUUGUAUGCGUCUCUGUGUGUGGAGUAAAGGUGGUCUAGAGUUUUUUUUUUUUUUUUCUCCUCUGGUUGCACAUUUAACAUGCUGGUAGAAAUGAGGUAAAACGGAUUUAAGUUUGCCUGCAUUAAAGUCCCCGGCCACUGCUUAUGGCCUUAUACAGAUCGUUGAGUGCGGUCUUAGUGCCAGCAUCGGUGUGUGGAGGUAAAUAGACUUCUACGAAAAAUAUAGAUGAAAACUGUCUUGGUAGAUAGUGGAUCUACAGCUUAUCAUGAGGUACUCUACAUGAGGUACUCUAUCAUGAGGUACUCUACCAAGCAAAACCUCGAGACCUCCUUAAUAUUAGACAUCACGCACCAGCUGUUAUUGACAAAUAGGCACACACCCCCACCACUCGUCUUACCAGACGUAGCUGUUCUUUUCGGUCAUAAGAGACAGUAGCAGCAACAUUAUGUACAAAAUAAGUUACAAACAAUGCGAAAAAACACACAAAAUAGCACAGUUGGUUAGGAGCCCGUAAAACGGCAGCCAUCCCCUCCGGCGCCAUUAUUUAUUAUUCAAUUUCUACUUUCAAAUGGGACUAGAUGGUUUGCUUUGCAGCUGCUGGGUGUGGAGUUGGGCUUCCCUUGCAGGUUACUGGGGUCUGUUCAGGACCAAGCCUCUCCUUUCCCCUCUCAGCCACCUUCCUAUAAGGAACUGUCUUGCUGGUGUUGCCGGGCAGACUAGCCAUGCUUUCACUCUCUAAUCCAGGGUUCUUAAAUUCCGGUCCUGGAGGGCCGAGACACCUCUGUUUUUCAUCCUCUCCUUCUAAAUCAGGGGCUAAUUCAGACCUGGGACACCAGGUGAGUGCAAUUAACUACCAGGUAGAAAUAAAAAACAGAAGUGUUUCGGCCCUCCAGGACCGGAAUUGAAGAACCCUGCUCUAAUCUCUCUCAAAGCAGAGCUUGCUAUUACUGCCCACUAGUGAUGGGAGGCAGGUUCUGGUCUUUUUACUGACUCUGAUCUUUUCAACUCGUUUAGUCAAAAUAAUUUCGUUAAUUUGAGUCAGUAAUGCCCAGUGGACCCCCUACCGGCGAACAAUGAACUGAAAACUCGAAAGUGUCAUAAUUCUACAUUUUUACAUUUUAGUCAUUUAGCAGACGCUCUUAUCCAGAGCGACUUACAGUUAGUGAGUGAAUACAUGUAAUAAAUGUACCAUGUACAUUUGCUGAUUGCUAGGCAUACAAAUAAUAUUAUUUCUUGAUACAAUUGAAACAAGGUCUAGUUGUGGCCAGAACCGGACUAGAUUGACUCUUGGCUGGAAUGCAUUUCUUGACUGCCAUGAGGGUGAUAAGCACAAUGUCGCUUGCGAACUGCACCCCCCCUCCCCCCAACGAUUCGUCCUCGAGUUUGUUGAGCAGAGGCUUUCUAUGUUUUGGUUCUACAAAGCGGUGUCAAUAACGUUCAAUAAUAAAUGGGUUGCAUUCAUUCUUGCACCAUGCGAUCAAUGAUCAGUUCUAAACAUGUAUUUUUCUUCUCUAUGCUCAUGAUCUAUUUCCCUGCUAGCAUAUGACAGACAGUUGGUGGUCGGAGUGCGUCUCUGGAGCUGCUGAGCCGGAAGAGUGUGUAUUAACCCUGCUGUAGGGUUCAUUGCGGCCAGCACUAACAGGUCAAACAAACGACUAAAAUGAACGAGUCACUCAGAAAAACAUUAUCAUGCCUGAAGUUAGUAAAAAGAGUAGUUCAAAAAUAAAGAAUCGUUCGCGAACUACACAUCACUACUGCCACAGCGCUGGCAUUGCGGGAGACUGAGGGGUCACUAUGAGUCACUGAAAGGUGAACCUAGGUUUAGCCAUUCACCAGGGUGUCAUGUUAAUAUUGGUUUCUCUGUGCCCGCCAGUGCGCGCUGCGGAUCCCGGGACUGAGGUGCCCGCUGCACUGCCCACUGCCACCUCGGCGCUGGAGGAGAUGGCCCUCUACAGCAACAAGCGCAAGCUGAGGCAGGGCCGCCGCAGCCUGGAGACCGCCGUGCCCACAUAACACCUCACGCACAUCUACCACAGGAGACUCGGGAUACAUACACACACAGAGGAGGCACCGGGUCACUACACACACUCACAGGUUUGGGAGAUGCAUCCCAUGUAACCACUACAGAGACCAUGAUGCUGAUAAUCAACACACACACACACACACACCAUGUCAUAUCCUGCGUGCCAGUCUUGCCUUUACAGUCUGAGGAUGUGUUGGCAUGAACACGAGGCCCAACGUUCUUGAUGCCAGGGAGGAGGAGGGCCGGUGAGGGGAGCUAGCAUUACGCUUCAAAAAGACCAUUCUCUUUCUUUAUUUGUGUUCUUUCUCUUCAGUUUACGUUUUAGAAGCUGAAUUAUAUUAACAGGCGACUGAUAUGUUUUUAUUUUUGACCCUCUGAUUUUUGCGGUUUUAAAAGAAAAAUGUGUUCUGGAAGAGAGAGGAAAAAAUAUGAAUUGUGUAGCUGUAAUACUAACUCUUCAGAUGCUAUUUUUGAGGUUUUCAGUGAAUAGAUUGUGAAAUGUCAGGGUUUUUAGCGGGCUUCGGGGAGUGGGAGUGUAUAUAUUGGGAACAUACUGCUACCUUCACUGCCACGUUUUAAACACUAUAUACAUAUCUCAACUGCACUACCACCCUGCUUAGAAAACAUGUUUCUUUUUAAAUAAUUUAUUUUGCUUGUAUUUUAUUACUCUAAUCUAAAGCCUCCCCUGUAAUACAUUGUUGUUCCCCCUGUACUUUUAAGUGCAACGGCACAAUGGAGCGAUGCAUAUCAUUUUAUUUAUCAUAAUGACAUCAAUGCAUAUCAUGAUAUCAUAUUAAUUCAAAUGUUUAAAUACCUUGUAUUAUUCAUAAGGAUCUUAUGAGGCAAGCACAUGUUUAAUCCAUAUCACCAAGGCAUUUUAUUUUACAAUGAAUACAUUUGUUUUCACUUUGUUGGUGCACAGGCCUUAACCAGGUUCUGACUGCUGAAAUGUCCCUAAUUAUAGCAUGAUACAUUACAAGGAACAUGCUGUCAUAGACUUGUAGGAUACUGAUCCCAGUACAGUUUUUGAUCUCAGUGGAUCAGAGUAAAGGAUCUGUAGCUUUCCUGGACCAGGUUUAUCAGAUUCUGUCACAUUCCCAUUCUAGAGAAUGUAACUACACUGGAGAGACCAGCAGACACACGCACGCACAGACAGAAAUCAGAUAAGCCACUAGUCUUUACUCAAAAUGCCUGUCAAUUUGGGAACAUAAUCUCAGCUUCAUUUACAUAUACGGUACUUUCCCUGCCCUUUUGGGGGGCAUCAUGUGUCAAUGUGAAUCUCACUCAUAUCUGGAUGGUAUUCCAGAUUUGGUCGGUGAAGGUAGCAGGUGUUUGCUUUUUUGAAAAUCUGUCUAUUAUUGUGUGAAUAAUGUACAAAAUACUGAAUGGAAAGCAAAACUUAACGGUUGAAAUUGAGCCAGUCUACUAAGCCAAGACCAAGCAAGUGUCUGGACUGCUAGUCCAGUCUGGACUGGGGAUCUCUCUCUCUCUCUCUCUUGUCUCCUCUCUCUCUCUCUCUCUCUCUUGUCUCCUCUCUCUCUCUGCAUGUACAAUAUAUUGGCUUUACUGGGAGAACCUGUAGAGGCUGAAGACAUUUUGUUAAUCCCUUUUGAAAUGUAUCUCAUUCGACCAUUAUUCUCAAUCUGUCUUUCCUCUGCUCUACAUGCUGCUGUCAUGGAUGUUAUCUGAUGGCAGCUUUGUUGGAGAAUCAUGACAAAGAGUAAAAUUAGUGUUUAAUUGAAUGUACUAAUCAUAUCUUUGUGUUGCUCUCGCUGACUGAAAUUCAGUUAGGAUGAUAACAUUUGCGAAUGGCUGACAAAUUAUAAUUUUUUUACUUACUUACAGUCCCCCAAAAGUAUUCAAGAGAAGAGGGUAACCAAAGAAAGUUCAAACAGUUGUUUUGCAUAAAAUAUGGGAUUCACAACAUUUUCUAUGCAAAACAACUGUUUGAACUUUCUUUGGUUAUCCUCUUCUCUUGAAUGCUUUUGGGGGACUGUUUUUCCAAACGCGUCAGAGGGAAAGGGCAGAAGUGCUGGGGUCAAGGCUUAGAACUCAUUCAAGACUGUAACUAGUGAAUUUGUACAACCAAAGAGGUCUAUUUUGUGGUUCAGGAAUAAUAAAAGUUUACUUUUCAUUUAACAAGCUGA